CGGGUCCUGGUCUAACAGGAAGUGCUCUAACAGUGAGCCUUUCUUGUCAGACCACUCGGCCACGCUACACACAGGCAGGAGGGGAGCAGCACAGUGCAGCUCUCCCUUCCUGCCAGACAUGCGGGAACCGUGGACCUGGGUCGGUGCGACUGUACAUAAGGUAUCCAGACAGCCCACGGGAUGCAGGGGUCGCGGCUGCGGCCGGGCCCCCCUAGAGUGAGGGGCCCAGUCGCAGCUGCGAUCCCUGUGACAGUGAUAUGUAUGCCAGUGGGUACCAGCAUAUUAGCAAACUUUUUAUAGCAGUCCCCUGGUAAACCAUCUGGACCUGGUGCUUUUCUUUGUGGCAGUGAAGAGAUGAUAUCUGAUACCUCUUGUUCCGUAAUGGACGCCAGGAAAGUUCAGAUGUUGUAGAUGUUGUGAGGAUGUUAAUAUCAUCCUUAAGUUUAUUUAGUUUAGAGAACAAUAAAGCAAAGGCAGAGGUUAUGCGAGUAGGGUUAAAAUGUGUCUGUCCUUUGUGCUCUAGUGAAUAAGAAAUUUUAGAGGUGCUUUCUGCCAGAAAGGAAGGAGAGGGUUUUGGUUCUGAACAUUGAGUCGUCAUAACUGAUCUGUAAUGAGUUGGUACUCCUUAAGUUUAGUUUUCUUGAGAUUGGAGGCGUGUUAUAGAAAGACCCCUCUAACAAAAACCUUGUGGGCUAUUCAUACUGUGUUAAUAUGCAUGUCCAGGGUAAAUGUGGAAAUAAUUAACUAUUUGUGCACUGAAAAAUUAGAUAUCAUGCAUUUCUAUUGUAGAAUUUAUUGUGUAGGGCACAUGUAAGUGAUCAGAUUAUCACUAUUGGUACAAUCCCUCUUCUUCAUUUUAUAGCAGGAAUGGUAUGUGUGACGGACCCGCUGGCACUCCGACCGAGUACCUCCGCCAAUCGAUGCUCCUAGUGCUUGCCGAGGACUCCAAGCACUCCAACCAACACCAUCAGCACUGCAGACUUAUCCCAUCCCCCAAGCAUGAGCCAAGGCUUCAAGAAAGGGUCAAGCAGGUCUGUUUAAUGAGCACACAAAAGCAACAGCACUCAUGCAGCAAAACAACUCCUCUUCAGAGGAAAACAAACUGACAGUUAAAAGGGUCAGACAGUGUUUUAAAAUAUGACAGUUAUUAAGGGUUUAAACUGGUGUUCUAAGAGGGGGGAGAACAAAACAGUCAAACUAAGUCCAUAAAACAGGGGUUUUCUUCACACUCUGCAUCUGAAGUGCAUAGCAAAACUGCAGAUCCUUUGUCAGAGCAUUUAAAGGGCCAGAACCAGUCUAAUAAAAUCCAAAUGCCCAAAUAACGUAUUUAAAGGGUAAAAUCUUCGAGGGGCCAUGGUCGCGGGGCAGGAGGCUGGCAACUAGUCCUCUCCAGGCACAAGUGGCGAAGGGCACUUCAUCACAGUAUGCAACUAAAUACAAUUGUGAGGGGAUUUGUGGCUGUUGGUCCCAAGUGAAAUGGGUUUCUUGAAAUAAUGGAAUGUCAGCUUCGGCAGACUUCACUUCAGCUAAAUCUACGAUUAUGAUGUUUCUUUUUUUUUUUUUUUUAUGGGUCCCCAGUUGUGAUUUUUUAAAAUUUUUUAUAUUUUUUUUUAUUUUAUUAUAUAUAUAUAUAUAUAUAUAAAUGAAACCAAGGAGGGCUAGGGCUGCACUCACCUGAACAUGCAUACAUUAUAGGGUGCUGCUAGGGCCAAUUUAUGCAACAUACAAAAUGCACAAUCCAGCGCACUCGCUCAUUCACUAAACAGCGAUUUGAGGUCCCACAGAUUGUAAUCACCUAGGCGAAAAAUAAUGGGGGUUUAGUUACAUUAUACUCAUCAUUGAGUAAACUUUGACCCUGUACCUCACAGUCAGCAGACACAUUCCAGCCAAUCAGCAGCAGACCCUCCCUCCCAGACCCUUCCCACCUCCUGGACAGCUCACUAAGAAUGCAGCUUCACAAUGGAUGCUGUCCAGGAGGUGGGAGGGUCUGGGAGGGAGGUUCUGCUGCUGAUUGGCUGGAAUGUGUCUGCUGACUGUGAGGUACAGGGUCAAAGUUUACUCAAUGAUGAGUCCGCGGCGAACCGUUCGCGAACCGUUCGGGACAUCACUAAUUAUCAUACAUUGCAUAAGCCUGACAAAAGUAGGACCUGCCAAGUUUGGGGUACAUUGACGUUGUGGCAGGCUUAUGCAAUGUAUGAUCAUAUACAUAUGCAAAUACAUAUAGGAAUAGAUGUCUGUAUUUAAACCCUCUUGAGUGCGUACUGCUCACGCAGAACUUCCUUUUCUGGGAAUAGUAGAGAAGCAAGCAAUUAGCAGUUGUUCAAAUCUUACACUAAAUUAAAAUCAAACGAAAGGAACCUUUACCAUAGUCAUACAUGGCAUCAUAGUGUCAUACAUUACUAUAGCUAUGACAUCAUAGUGUCAUACAUUACUAUAGCUGUGACAUCAUAGUGUCAUACAUUACUAUAGCUAUGACAUCAUAGUGUCAUACAUUACUAUAGCUAUGACAUCAUAGUGUCAUACAUUACUAUAGCUAGGACAUCAUAGUGUCAUAAAUUACUAUAGCUAUGACAUCAUAGCUAUAGUAACAAAACAAGUAGCUUGUGGCACAGGAAAUAUGAUAUGAUAUGGAGAGGUACUAAUGACCGGGGAUAGCUUUGGGCUCCCCUAGUGGAGUAUGGUCAGGUAGAUAAGUACCGCAAUGACAGGACCUGUGUAGUGAGGGGUACAGGUAGCAUGUGGGUCGAAUGACUAAAUGAAAAGUGAAGGCAAUUACAUAAAUGAAAAUAUUCCUAGCAAUUAAUAGUUAGGUUAAACAAGGACCUGCAGCAGUGACUGUCAUAAUGGCCACACCAGCCAAAGUAUUAAACAUAAAUGGCCAUCAUAGGGCCAUCCCACAAUGGUCAGACAAAAUGCCCCUGUGAGGGACCAACAAUUUAAGAAAUGAAAACGCAAAAGUAAGAGUAAACUAUGUGUUAUCAAAAAGCUAAUAUUUUUAUUGAGCAUGUUUGGCCUCUAAGCGACAGGUGUAAGACCUCUCAAGGUUCCGAAGCCCAGGAACACUGGUAAGAAGUGAAAAUGUUACUGAAUGGUUUGAACUACCUACAUAAGAGGGCGCCAGUCAGGACACUUCUGCCACUAUAACCACUACACUCUGUUGCAGUGGUUAUGGUGCUUGACGUGUUCCUUUAAUGUUCUAUAGCUGCCUCACAUUCAAAAACAUGGCACCAGGGGCCAGACAAUAUUUAAUCAAUAACUGGCCUAGUCUGGCUUGUGAACCUUUUGGUAGGCCAGCAAUUAUAACAUAAAUACAGCGUAUUAUGCCAUUGUGUACUUCUGUUAUAUCUAUGCAUACAUUUGUUGAUUUUGGAUACCUCAAAACACUGUAAGGAUUCAGAGCACUGAAGCACCAAUGUGGUCUAUCACCAUCAUGGAGUAACUGGGAAAAAUAUUAUGCAAGCCAUUAUGUUUGUACUUGCACUGUGUAUCUUACCUAUUUGCGCUGUAUUUACAAGUUUGGUCUCUAGGUGUCACCAGUUUACUCUAUAAAUUGAACUGCUUACCCUAUACUUUGUGCAAGCCUUAUCAAAAAUUGCUACUGUUCUGGGGUAAAGACCAAUAAAAAGCAGCAAUCCCCAUGGAAAUCAGUAGAAUGUAUCUCAACAUUUAAUAAUGUGCACCCAAGCCAGGGCCGGACUGGCCCACCGGGAUACCGGGAAAUUUCCCGGUGGGCCGUCGGCACCUGGGGCCGGGCAGACAGCCGGCUCACCUGCGGCCGCAGAGGGAGCUCCCUUGGCGGCCGCAGGGGGAGCUGGCUGUUCUGCCUCUGGUCCCCCUCCCCAGCGCGCUAGAAAGAGACCGGGGCCGGAAUAUGACGUCAUACUCCGGCCCCGGUCUCAGUAAGCAGUGCGCUGGGGAGGGGGAGCAGAGGCAGAACAGCCAGCUCCCCCUGCGGCCGCCAAGGGAGCUCCCCACAGCCCCAGGUAGACAUUAUGUGUGUCAGUGUGAGUGUAUGUGUGUGUGUGUGUCUGUAUCAUGGUGUGUGUGUGUGUCUGUAUCAUGGUGUGUGUCUGUCUGUGUCAUUGUGUGUGUCUGUGUGUCUCUGUCUGUCAUGGUGUGUACGCCUGUGUCAUGGUGUGUGUCUGUGUGUCUCUGUCUGUCAUGGUGUGUGCAUCUGUGUCAUGGUGUGUGUGUGUCUGUCUGUGUCAUGCAAUGUGUGUCUGUGUCAUGGUGUGUGUGUCUCUGACUGUCAUGGUGUGUGCGUCUGUCUGUGUCACGGUCUGUCUGUGUCAUGGUGUGUGUCUGUGUGUCAUGGUGUGUCUGUCUGUGUCAUGUGUGUCUGUGUCACGGUCUGUGUUAUGGUGUGUUGUGUCAAGUUGUGUGUGUCUUUUUUAAGGUGUGUCUGUCAUGGUGUGUGUGUGUCUCUGUCAUGGUGUGUGUGUGUCUGUCUGUCAUGGUGUGUCUGUGUUUCUGUCUGUGUCACGGUGUGUGUCUGUCAUGGUAUGUGUGUGUCUCUGUCAUGGUGUGUGUGUGUGUCUGUCUGUGUCAUGGUGUGUCUGUCUGUCAUGGUGUGUCUGUGUUUCUGUCUGUGUCUGUGUCACGGUGUGUGUCUGUCAUGGUAUGUGUGUGUGUAUGUGUGUUUUUACUCACUUUUUUUUUUUUCCCCCACGUCGUGCUGGUCUCCCCUCAACUGGCCCUGCCUCUACGGCUGAGAUCAUCAAGCUUGAUGAUCUCAGCCAAUCCGCACUGACACAGGAAGCACCUCUAGUGACCGUCUGAGUGUCUGUCAAUAGGAAGCAAUGUAAACACUGCCUUUUCUAUAAAAAGUCAGUGUUUACAUUGAAAAGCCUGAAGGGACAGGCUGUAGACACCAGAGCCACUACAUUAAGCUGUGUGUGUGUGUGCGUGCCUGCUAGUGAGUGGGCUUGCUUGUGUGUGUGUGUGUGUGUGUGUGUGCCUGCUACUGAGUGAGCUUGUGUUUUUAUUUUAAUGACCUUAUGUAUAUCAGUGAGAUUGUUUGUCUAUGAGGCUGUGUAUCAAUCAGCUUGUGUCAGUGAGAUUGUCUGUGUCUGCAUGUGAGUAUGCUUACUGUAUAAUUAAAGAUUUUACUCUGAAAGAACCAAUAUUUUAUAUUGGAAAAAAAAGAUAUAUAUAUAUCUCAAUCAUCUAGGGUGGCAAGACAUAGCCUUACAUAUUACAUGCGACAAUAUAUGGCGCAAUGACUUAUGGGGCUGGCAUAGAUUUUUUUUCCAGGGCUGCUUUGGAAUCCCCAGUCCGGCCCUGACCCAAGCUAACACCUGUUUUACCAUGAUAAAUCUCCCAAUGUGUUUUAAAACUUAUCAGUCUUUGAAAGUAGAAUGUGUUCAAUUAUUAAAAAGACAAAACUUAAUUUUCACGUGCAAGACUUGCACAAUUGCAAAGAUGUAUAACAGAAAAUGUAUAUGUCGGGAAACAGAACUCUUGUUUAAAUAACAGACUAUACAAUUGCAUCUAUAUAUUUUACUAGCAGAAUUUCUAGCAAAUGUAUAAAAUCCUUUAAAGCCAAUUGAAAGUUUUAAUAUUUUUAGUAUUAAGUUUUAGUGAUCCAGAUACAUAUAGUUUUGUAUAUUUAUGUGGUACGGUAGUCUAGACAGGUAACACUGUAUGGAAUCAUUUAACAUUAUGGGUCAAUGUUAUUAAAAAGAAAUUGUAAUUUUAUAUGAAAUCGGAGCCUGCAUAGUCAUUGCACUUUAAACUAAAGCUAUAGUGUGGAAUGGGAUGGAUAUGUGAAUACAUGCUCACUCACAAUGCACAGCACAUGUUCCCAGAAUGCAUCACAGAAGGCCUGAAUGAUUGAAGAGUUUUAAUUCUAGCUAUUAGAAAUGACAUCAUUUGGAUAUGUACUAAUGGAUAGAUAUUCUUGCACUUUACAACACUGCAGAAUAUGCUGGUGCCCUCCAAAUAAUACUAAAAUAAUACAAAAAAAUAAAAAUAAAAAUAAUAAAAGUAUAAAUAAAAUGACAAUAUUUUUUAUAAAUAAUUAUAGGUAUGUGGUCUUGUUGGUUUUAUACACAUUCAAGCAAGCCACCUCGCCUCUUGCAUUGUGCCACCAUUGCCACUAACACCACUCGCUGAAUGUUGCUAAACAUGCUCUUGCUUUCUCACACAUCAUUUAAUAAGUGCCAUAAAACCCAUUUUUUAGUAGGCCUCCCAGACUAACCUCUACCUCACCAACCUGUCUUGCUCUCUCCCUAAAGGGCAGCACUCUACUCUCUCCUCCAGCUCUGCUUCACUCCCACCUUAUUUGAUUGCUAUUUCCUGUCCUAAUGUGUUUUAUACCCCACCUCCCUAUAGACUGUAAGCUCGUUUGUGUAGGGUCCUCUUCAACCUAUUGUUCCUGUAAGUUUUCUUGUAAUUGUCCUAUUUAUAGUUAAAUCCCCCCUCUCAUAAUACUGUAAAGCGCUACGGAAUCUGUUGGCGCUAUAUAAAUGGCGAUAAUAAUAAUAAUAUUAAACAACAUAUGACACAAGCUGAUGUGUGGUGCACUCAGCUGAGAAACCUAUUACUAGAGCUUAGAAAUCUGUUACUAGAACUUUAGUGGUUUAUUCAACAGCCUGCAUGUUUGUUGUAUUUAUGACCAAGUAGCAAAAUGUAGGCGAAAAAUGGCCAAAACGAAGAAAAACAAAACCAUCUGUUGUUUAAUGUUUCUGUACUGACCUAAAUCUCACAACUCAUAAUAACCUUCUGGUGGUAAGUAAUCGCAUUUCAGGGAAGGUAUUGAAGAACUCAUUGUAGGAAAACUGGGAGAACAUUCGGGGAUACGUUUCAAACAUACUAAUAUCAUGCAAAAUACACAGAACACAGGGCAGAAAUGCAAAGCAGACAAACAGAAACCCUGAUACCAUUUGCUGUUUAGAACCGUGAAGCAGUUUUGCUGGCAAAGAUUGCAUGCUUGUUUUACUCAACACAAUAUGCUUUUCCUUUAAUUAUGCACACUGUAUCUUGCUCCCCCUUGCCACUUUGUAUUUAUAUACGGUAUAUUAAACUUUCUUCAAUGUGUCAGAUCUCAAUAUCUGAAUGCAGCCAUUGUGUUCUCCUCUGCCCAAGAUAUCUGAUCUCUGCCUUUCUGUGGAUUGAUUUUUCUAAUGGAUUAUGAGUAAAUUUAAUUGGUAACAGAAACCUUGCAUGAGCUUUGUCCAUUGUGGAGUUUUAUCUACUUUACUGUUACACUUAAAGGGACACUGCACUGUCCAAAUUAAAAAAUAUUUAUAUAUAACAAUGUUUAGUAGAUAUACCCCCAAUGAACACAUGCAUGGGUUUAUUAGUGUAUUUUUAUUGCAGGUAUAUAUUAAAAACAUAAUGUAAAAGCUGGAUUUCUAUUGUCUAAAAACUUUGAAUAUGGUAUUGCUCAAUCCAUAAGUCUUAGAUGGAUAUUCCCCACCACAAAUAUUGAGGAUGAAGUAUGAUCACAAAUGGAUGGAGGUCCAGAAGCAGGAUAAAAAAAAUCUAUUUUAUUUAUUACUAUAUAAAAACAAUAAAAUGUUAAAAAAUCAGGUUUAUUGUCAAUGUACAGACCUUCAGCUGUUGAAAACUUAGCCCAUUGCUCAUGAUAAUUGCUCAAAUUCUACUAAAAAUUCAACUUAUUUCUCCAGUCUCAAAAUGAUUCAACCCCCUGAAUAAAAUCCCUCACAACACCAAUUGGCCCAUGGGGACGCAGCGGUAGACAAACGGGGUGGAUACGUUUCACAGCUCAACGAUGUCUACGGGAUAGAUGCGCUUACCAUGUCCCACUCUUCGCAUGCCCCACGUGACUCCCGAAGGGGUAUUAGGAGGCUGGCCAUUUUUGUUGCUAGGGAGGGUAAUUAUGGUUACGGUUUUGGCUGUGUUUCUCUGUUUAGAUACUCUCAACUCGCUGUAUUUUUUUAUAACAAUGAUUCUCCUGGUCCUAUGUUAUUGGCCUUUUUCUAAGGUUGUAAUUGUAUUAUCUUUCCACAUUGAAAAAAUAGAUAAAAUAAUAAAUAAAGAAUGUCAAAAAAAAAAAAAUCCCUCACAACAGUAUAAAUAUGCAAAGCAGGUGUUGUCUCAAGCACACCUGAUGCAACUAAUCAAGGGCUUCAUUAGUUAUACCAGGUGUGCUUGAGCUUUGAACACUGGAAAUACCUGAACUGGCUAUGGAUUUGUUGAGUGUCAUGUUUGACUGUAUGUUAGAAAUAUGGCUCAGUCAAAAGAAUGGUCCACAAAGUUAAGAGAAGAGAUAAUUGCCCUUCACAAACAAGGAACAGGAUACAAAAAGAUAGCGAAGGCACUCAAUGUUCCUAGAGACACCGUUGGAAAUAUAGUUUACAGUGGUUACACUACCUGGACGGGGCAGAAAAGGGAAGCUAUCAAUGGCUCCAACCAGUUUUCUAAGAAGGCAGGUGAAAACCUCUCAAGUUAAUGCAAAAGACCUGCAGCAAGGCUUGGUGGCAACAGGAACUGAGGUUUCAGUGAGCACAGAAAGACGCAUACUAAACACAGAAGGUUUCCAUGCCAGAACUCCAAGACGUACACUAGUACUGAUUUAAAAGCACAAGAAAAGUCAGUUUCAGUAUCUUAUAAAUAAGCCAGGGGCGUGGCUUAACGCUCGGCGCGAACGGACGCAUGUGAGGCGAGCUCCGUUCUGUUUUGGCCUAAACAGCGACAUUACCAGCGACAGUGACCAGCACUAACCUCCAAACCAAGCCUCAAGCAUGGCACAACCCAAAGGGAAGAAGAUCCCCGACAAAGCUGAUAAAAAUGUUUUUUUUUCCGCCCGCAAUCCGCCACCUAAGGCCCAAGGCACAGGAGAGUACAGCCAAGAUGGCGACGACACGCUGCCGCUGCAGGAAUCCCCUGGGGGCAGAGAUUUGCCGGUCACACAGAACAUACUCCAGGCUUGCCUAGGAGAAAUGUCUGACAAACUGCUACACAGCCUCAACAAGUCCAUCUCAGACCUAAGAAAGGACGUGCAGGAGCUGGGUGACAGAACAGCCUGCAUGGAGAACCGCAUGGGCGAGUAUGCAGACGCACACAAUGACAUGGCAGACCAUGUCCACAACCUGGAACAGGCGCUGGAGUCCUGCCAAUAUAAAAUCAUGGACCUAGAAGAUAAGUCAAGGAGACAGAAUAUACGGAUCAGGGGGAUCCCUGAGACGGUGAAGCAGCCCGAAAUAGCGGCAUACCUCACGGCUUACUUCAAAACAUUAGCCCCAGACCUCCCAGCAGAUGUCUUGCUCUUGGACAGGGCGCGCAGAGUCACUAAACCAAGCUUCCUCCCAGCUGAAGCGCCAAGGGAUGUACUGACGCACCUCCACUAUUAUCAUGCGAAAGAAGCACUGAUGAGAGCGUCCAGGCUCCGCAAAGACCUUCCAGCCCAAUACAACACCAUUCAACUAUAUGCAGAUCUCUCUGCCCAGACCUUGAAAAAAAGGAAGGAGUAUAAAGAAAUAACUGAUGCCCUCCGUUCCCAUGAGGUGCCCUACCGCUGGGGCCACCCAGUCCGUCUCCUCAUACAUAAAAAUGGAGCUAUGCACGUUAUCACCUCUCUGGCGGAUGGACGGAAAACACUGCAGAAAUGGGGUAUACAACCCCAGAACCAAGCAAGAAGCGGCAACGACCCACAACCGAGUAAGCUUACAGCCGACUGGAAAAGAGUACGUAACUAAAGCCCUGCGGUCCUGACGGAAGAGCACACACUUGCAACACAUUCAGCAGCAAAGAUGGCGUGAGAUGCCAUACGCUACCUCCAAUAACCACAACCAACAGAAGCGGGACUGUUCAAAGGCCACGAAGAAGGACUAUUGAUUUCAAGCAGGUGACUAUGGCACUAUAACUCCCCAUGCUGCCCUUGCAACACUGGCAGCGCCCCACACGUCAACAAAACACAUUCACUCGCAACACACACACUGCAUGCACACUGGGGGCUAACAACACACAACACGUGCCAAUCUCAGGGACAAUAACGCGGCACAAAAUGACACACUACGCUGCCACGGGAACUUUCAGAGCCGUAGGCUCAGGCAGAAGCACACUCACAGCUGCAGCCUGCGGGGAGGCAAACAGCCUCAGCAUCUUUGGAAGCAGACACCAGAAGGCUGCAGGGGACCCCCCAGAGGAUGACGCAACACAGCUCAAGGGAAGCCGCCACGCUCGGGGGAGCUGGGGCAGCGGGAGGGCAUCAUGGGGAAGGGUAAUUGUGACUAUGAUUUAAUGCAGUGUACACGCCUUGAAUAUCUGAACAAUUUGUGGGGCACAGUUGUAAGUCUAGCUCACAUGAGAAUAGGACAGCCCCAUUCAUAGCGGGGGGGAGCGGGGGGAGCGGGGAGGCAUCACGGAGAAUGGUAAUUAUGUUCCAAAUGUCACAAUGUGAUUGUUUCGGGCAUUGAAUAAUGUAUGAGGCAUAGUUGCCAAUUCAGCGUAUAGGUGAAUGGGUCAGCCCGUUCAGGGCCCGGGGGGAGCGGGAUUGUACCAGGGGAGACGAUAAUGGUGCCUCUUAUGUAUUGCAAUAUGUUUGGUUUGGAUGUUUGCAUAAUAUGUGGGGGACAGUUGCAAAUCAAGCGUAUAGGCCAAUGGGAUAGCCCCGAAACAUACAAUGCCCUCCCCUCCACGAGGCCCCCAAGGAGAAGUAACUCCACCGGGGGAUAGAAGAGGCGCCCAUUGAACCGCCCCGCCACAACUAGACCAUAGCGUGACCCUCCCGACCUCCCACACACCUCAGGCGACCGAGCCAAUGCGUCACGCCAGGUAGCAACCACAGUCAUGUACCGCCAACCUAUGCCCCCCCCCCCGACCUCCCCCCCCUCCCCGUCGGCAAAAGCCCCAAACUGAAACUUAACACAAUACAAAAAAAAAAAAAACCCCAAUGUUGACGCAUGCAGCUUGAACCCAAGUGACAACCGCAGCCCCAGGUUACUGUACCCUACCGCAAAGCUGACAGCCGCAAAGAGGCACCCCACUGACCAACCGCCGGUCACAACGGACUGACACAGGCCAAUCUUCCUACUGUUCUUUUCUUCACACCAGCCACGCUCUCAUGGAACCGCUAGCCGGAACCAAAGCCCGCCAAAGGGCUAUAGUUUUUACCCCCCCCCAAGUUCAUACCCUCACAGUAUGACCCCCCUACACCCUUUCCCCCCUCUCCCCCCUCGAUACUACUCCAAGAGACAGAUGCACCCAUCGAACAAGAAGGUGACGUCCACCUGCACAAACUGGCAACCCCUGGGCCCACCAAAAGCCAGGCGCAAAUCGCCAUCACCACCACUAAACACACAACUCAGGCCCACACCACUGCCCAGCAUUGUGGGAACAAAUCCAAAGCACUAUCAGCCACAAGCUCAGCCUACCCCAUACGUAGAACACAUAAACGAAUCCUAGCGCUUCACGACACUGACCUAUAGUAUGAAAAUACAAAGCUAUAAUGUUAGAGGGUUAAAUACCCCAUAUAAGCAACAUUGCCUCCUUCAAGAUCUCAAGAGAGAUCAGCCUGACAUAAUCUGCCUCCAGGAAACACACUUCAAAACGCCACCGACCCUAAAACCAUCCUUGUACCCACACCAAUACCACGCUACGGCAGGGACAAAAACGAAAGGGACAUCAAUACUAAUUAGUAACACAGUAUCCUUCCAGCACCACUACUCACAGACAGACAAGGAAGGAAGAUACACGAUAAUAGUAUGCACAAUCAACAACACUAAAUACACCCUAGCAAAUGUAUAUGCCCCGAACACGAAUCAAAGAGACUUCCUACACAGAAUCUUAUCCAUAUUGCGACCAGUACAGGAGGGUAUACUGGUAUUGUGUGGGGACUUUAACCACAUCAUAGAUCCCACCAACGACACAACGUCCCAUGCAGGCAGAGAGGUACACGCGAAACAUCGCAGGACUUGUGCAUCAUACCUUAAAUUAUUAGAUAUCAAUAAAUUAUAUGACGUAUGGCGAGUCCUACACCCUCAAGAAAAGGAUUACACGUAUCACUCAAACACACACAAUACGUACACCAGAAUAGAUAGAGUCCAUAUGGAAAGCACACACCUGGACCAGGUUCUAGAAUGCUCUAUUGGCCAAAUCACAUGGUCGGACCAUGCCCCACUAACACUGACCCUUAAAGACAACUACGACUACAAACAUAAGAGCCCCUGGAGACUCAACGAAUCACUACUGACAGACAUACCCUUUUCCAACCAAUUAGAAGAAGCCAUAACAGAAUACUUCACGCUCAACGGCACAGGAGACACAUCUGCAUGCACCCUAUGGCAGGCACACAAGGCAGUAGUUAGAGGAAUCUUGCUAAAGCGAGCAGCAUCUUUGAAACAAAGUAACCAGACCCAAUGGAUAAAUUGGAACAAACAGUUAAUAGACCUCACAAACAAAAACAAAACGCAUCCCACAGAGGCAAUACGGAAAAGCAUCGCGGAAGUAGCAGACAAAAUUAGACUACACACGCUGCAGCGAGUAGGCUUUAACUUACGCAGACUCAAAGCAACAUACUAUGCCCAGGGAAAUAGAGCAAGCAAAGUGUUGGCAGCCCGCUUAAAGCGAGCAGAAACGAACGCGAAAAUAUCACACCUGUACACACAUGACAACACAAAAGUGAUCUCCCCCAUAGAUAUUAGCAAUGCUUUUGCUAACUACUAUAAUAAACUCUACAACUUGGCUCAGUCCGAGCGAGCACCUGACCCGACAGAACAUAACAUACAAUCCUACCUACAGGAUGUCCCCCUACCCACGCUAACGAAAGAGCAAAUUACUUCUUUGCAAAAAUUAAUCACUCCAGACGAAGUGAAGGAUGCAAUACAAACCUUACCUAAAAAUAAAGCGCCAGGCCCGGAUGGCUUCACAAACAGGUACUACAAAAGAUUCGCGACCGCUUUAGCCCCACACUUGGCAUCUCUCUUUAACUCCGCUACCCAAACCAAAUCACUACCAGAAGAGCUACUGCUUGCCCAUAUCGUCACCCUACCAAAACCAGGGAAGCCCCCAACACACUGCCCAAACUUCAGACCCCAACACACUGCCCUCCUCAAUACAGACGCCAAACUAUACGCCAAAAUAUAUGCCCGGCGAUUGGGCCCACUUCUCCCAACCCUCAUUCACAACGACCAAGUGGGAUUUGUAGCAGGGAGGCAGGGAACAGACAACACCCGGAAGGUUUUUGACCUAAUACACAGCAUCAGACGGAAGGGGACAGGUAGCCUACUAAUGUCUUUAGAUGCGGAGAAAGCCUUCGAUCGAUUAAAUUGGCGCUUCCUGAAGGCGGUACUGAUGAAAUAUGACUUUCCCUCCCAAUUCACAGACACAGUAGAGGCUCUAUAUAGCUGCCCCAUGGCUAAAGUCCUAAACGCAGGAUUCUGCUCGGACAAAUUCAGAAUCUCUAAUGGCUCCCGCCAGGGUUGUCCACUUUCCCCGCUGCUCUAUGUCCUGGCAUUGGAGCCUCUGGCUGCCAAGAUCAGGAUGGAAUCGGCAAUCCACGGGGUAACCCUACGUCAGAAAGAAUACAAAUUAAGCCUAUUCGCUGACGACAUAUUCCUCACUCUCACGCAACCACACAUAUCCCUACCUAAUCUCAUGCACCACAUCACGGAAUACGGACGAGUGUCAUAUUAUAAGCUGAACGUCACUAAGACACAGGCACUAAGUAUCAAUCUCCCCGCAACACAACUGGUGAACCUUAAGAGCUCGUUCCCUCUAGACUGGAGAGAGGAUCACCUCACCUUCUUGGGAACUAAAAUGACCAAAAACCCCAUGUCUCUCUUCAAGACGAACUACCAACCAUUGUUAGAAACUUUUAAGUCCCUGCUGAGCUCCUGGGAGGGGAAAUACUUGUCCUGGGUGGGGCGGAUCGCGGCCAUAAAAAUGUCACUACUACCCAAACUCCAAUACCUAUACAGAACACUACAAAUUCCAGUACCAGAUAAGUACAUCAAAGCACUCACGAAAAUGCUAACACACUUCACAUGGCAAAAUAAAAAACCCAGAGUAGCGACCAAUCUACUACAAAGGUCAAUAAAUCAGGGCGGACUAGGCUUCCCAGACCUAAAAGCAUAUUGCAAAGCGGCAACAUUGAUGCUGGUGCCACAAUUUCGACAACAUCCCACAGCCCCACAGUGGCUGGAAAUAGAAAACAGCUGGGCCCACCCAAUGACACUACAUUCCAUUCUAUGGACACCUAAAUCACAUAGGACGGACACUAGCCACCUUUUACCCACGACUCAAUACACCCUACAUGUUUGGGACUCUAAGAAGCACCUAAUGACGCGAUACCACCCACUACCUUUGGCAGCCCCAACCAGCACCCUAGCACAUGUAAUACCGAACCUGAACACACAACCAUGGCUACAGAUGGGCAUCCAAGAAAUAGGGCAGCUAUACAACGACAAAGGGCUAAAACUAUUUCCAGACCUACAACAAGAAUUUCAAUUACCCCACAGGCUAGGCUUCGCAUACCUUCAAAUUAAAUCCUACUUAGCUAAAAACAAACCUAACGGACCGGCUGCUGCAGCCACAAAACCGAUGACCGAGUUCGAACAGAUAUGCACACGUAGAAAACCACUGAAAAAACUAAUUUCCAUCAGUUAUAAAGCACUGACCCAAGCAUCAGAUCAGGGCAAAGAAACACACAUCCAAUCAUGGCAUAGAGAAUUAGGCAGCACAAUCCCACUGACAGACUGGACUAAGGCUUACUCCUCGUACAAAGGUGUAACAUCUUGUGCUACUCACAUUGAGAUGCAGCGCAAACUGUUAUACCGAUGGUAUUUGGUACCAUCCAGACUCCACCAGAUGUGGCCGCGGUCCUCCGACACCUGCUGGAGAUGUGGUCAGAGUAAAGGCACCAUGUCUCACGUUUGGUGGACAUGCCCCAUCAUCAAAUCCUAUUGGCUGGUGGUACAAAAGAUCAUAACUGCCACCAUACAAACGCAAAUCUCACUAACACUGGAACUGUGCAUACUAUUCAUACCACCAGACUCUCUUACUAAAGAUAAGUGGGCAGCCACAUACCACAUCCUUAUCUCUGCAGUCACAUGCAUUGCUAGGCUAUGGAAACAAACGACAAUCCCAUCACGAGAGGCUCUCAUAAACCAAAUAAAACUGAACUGGGCCUACGAGAUGGUAUAUGCACGACAAUUUGGAGAAAAGAAACACAUGACUUUAGCACAUAACAGGUGGAAUGACUUUCUACGAUCAGAAGGAUUACAAACAGAACCGACAUAAACCACGCAACCAGUCUCUUACACCCCCCCCCCCAGUUCUCUCUCCCCAUCCCCACUCCACAUCUACCCUCUAUCCUACCUACUUGUUUCCCCGAAAAGUACGAUGCUUGACAAUGAGACGUACAGAGCAUCAGGCCACUGGUGGCCGAAGGUAACCUAGCACAGAUAUGCACGAUACACCCUUGCAUGACCACCUACAGCCCUGAACCCCCAGAGGGAUAGGGGAGAAUAAAAACGAAUUCAUAUUGUCUGUAACACCUACCAAUGACGUGUGGAAUCGUGGAAUCUGCAUAUGAUGUAAAUUAAAUGUCAUGACUGUAUAUCGAUGCAUUGUACAAUAAAAAUUGUCAAAUUCAAAAAAAAUAAAAAUAAGCCACAUAAGUUUUGGGAUUCUGUUCUGUGGAGCAAUGAAACUAAAACUAGACCUUUUUGGUCCAAUGGGUCAGCUGAAUGUCUGGAGGAAGAAGAAUGAAUGGCAUGGUGGUGGCUCUGUGAUGCUGUGGGGCUGCUUUGCAUCCUCUGGCACUGGAAACCUGCAGCAUGUGGAAGGCAUGAGGGAUUCACUGAAGUAUCAGGAAAUCCUAGGAGAAAGCAUCAAGCUAUCUGUGAGGAAGCUGUCUUGUUGGAAGGUCCAAUGACGACCAGGCUUCAAUUAGCCCAAGCAUACCUGAAAUUCCACCAACGCUUGGUUGCAGAAGAUGUCCUGGAAAAUUCUAAAGUGGUCAACACAGUCACCUGACCUUGGUGGGAUUCGAAGAAGGCGGUUGCAGUACGCAUACCCAAGAAUAUUACUGAACUGGAGGCCGUUGCUCAUGAGCAAUGGGCUAAGAUUCCUCAGGAAUGCUGCCAAAACCUGGUGUCUGGCUAUGCAUCUUGUUUGCAGCAGGUCAUAAUAGCAAAAGGGUGCUCUACUAAGUUCUAAAGAUGCUUGCCAUGAAGGGGUUGAAUAGUUUUGAGACUGGAGAAGUCAUUAUAGGUUGCAUAUUCAGUGGAAAUUUGGGGAACCACUUGAAGCAUUCGUUGUGUUGAACUAUUUUAAUUGGUUUUGUUAGAUUUUUUUCAUUGCAAACAGCCGAAAGUCUGUGAAUUUUAACACUAAACCUAAUUUUUUAUGUGGGUUGAAUAAUUUUGAUUACAACUGUAUACAGGGGCGUACCUAGAGCAUUUGGCACCCGGGGUGGGUCCUUUUUUUGGCACCCCCCUCAACUUUAAAUAUAAAAACAACAAAAAUAAAUUCUGUAUUUAGCACUAAGCAGUGUUUGUGUGUUUGAAUGUAUGCAUGUUUUUGUAUGGAGUAUAUGUGAGUGAAUGUAGCAGUGUGUUUGUAUGUAGUGUUGGCAUUUUGUGUGGUAUUUGAAUGCAGUGGUAUGGUUCUAUAUAAUGGUGGGAUUUGUAUGUAGUGUUGACGUUGAAAUGCAUGAGUGUAUUUGUGUGUAGUGUUGGUGAGAUUUUUAGAUGUCUGCACAUAUACACAUACACGACAAACACACAUGCAGAUACAUAUACACACAAACACAGUCACACACAGAUACACAUUGACACACAUGCAGACAUUGUGGCGACUCUAGGUACAAUAUAUAUGGGGGGAUACCACAGUCAAAACAGGAGAGGGAGGGGGAGCAUUAAAACUUCUCACUAGGGGAUGGGGUAAUAUGCUGCCAUUGGCUGUCUGAUGUCAGCAUGCUGUGUUCUGCAUGCUUGCAUCUGACUACACAUUUGCAUAUAAUUCACAUUAGCCACCCAUAUUUCUUUUUGUGGGCUGGCUGACACCUCUUAAAGGACCACUAUAGUGCCAGGAAAACAUACUCGUUUUCCUGGCACUAUAGUGCCCUGAGGGUGCCCCCACCCUCAGGGUCCUACUCCCGUGGCGCUGAAGGGGGAGGAAGGGGUUAAUCCCUUACCUUUUCUCCAGCGCCUGGCUCCCUCGGCGUUGGGGACUCUCCUCCCUCUUCUUCCGUCAUCGGCUGAAUGAGCAUGCGUGGCAAGAGCCACGCGCGCAUUCACCCAGUCCAUAGGAAAGCAUUAUCAAUAUAUGUCCGACCAUAGGUCAAUAUUUUAAUAUGUGCAACAAAUGGCUGGUCUGUUCCACCACUUCUCCUCCCCCUAACCCCCACCCCCCCUUUCCCUCUGCUUGCCUCUGCUAGCUGUAAAUUCCUUUAUAUAACUGUGCACCCUUUUUCUUCCUCAGGCCCAAUUUAACAUCCAUCUUUGCAACUAUGAAUCUUCAUUUGAAAACUGCAGCUUUAAAAACCCGAUUUAACUUCCAUCUUUGUGACUAAGAAUCUUAAUUUCUACUCUGCUUUGCCCACCCUGGUUCCAUAAGUAUAUAGCAUGACUCGUCCAGCUGUUUCCAACCACAGUCAAUCACAUCCUCAUUCCCUUCACAUGUUAUCAAUUACUGCAGUCUCACUAUAAAUUCCCUCUGCCAUCACCUUCAAUUUCUUCUGCUACCUCUACCAUUUUUUUGUCUGUGUAUAUUGUAAGUCCUCCACUUAUUGUAGAGCGCUGCAGAAUCUGUUGGCACUUUAUAAAUACCAGUAAUAAAUAAAUAAAUGCGAUAGAUAAUUCCACCAGUCAGUCACUGUGACUGGUGGGAAAAGUAAUUUCAUAGUAUUUUUACUUGGCAUUUGAAAUACAACUAGGACAUUAGAAGUCCAACAAGGACAGGAGAGUUAAUGUGGCUAAGCCCUGCCACUAAGGUUGCCAGAUCAACCUGUCUUUUUCUGGUCACAUAUCACUCCACCAUUCUGCAGGGCUGAACAUGAAAAGUGCUAACAUGCAUCAUGCAGAAUCCAUCAAUCAAUUAAUCAAUCAAUCAAGGAGUUCCUAAGUAACUUCCUUGAUAUCCAUAUUGAUUUCCUUACUGUAACAAAUGAAUGCUACAUUCAUAUACAAAAGCAAUGUUUAUAUAUAGUCCAGCAGAAUGAAUUAGAAAACAAGGCAGAUCCGCCAAAGCUCCUUGUCAAAGGUGCAUCAAUCCAGUAAAAUUUCCAUUUCUACUAGUGUAGUGUUUCUCAACCUUUUAUGGAGAAGUACCCCUGCAGGUCUAAAAAAAUUUUUAAGUACCCCUGUCUCAAGAAAGUAAUUUCUAUUGGAAGCCCUGGAAUGAAAAUGACCCUCAUGAUGGCAUACCAUUUGCAAAAGUAGACAACCCAAGGUAUUACAAAUGGGGUAUGUCCCGUCUUUUCUAGUAGCCACUUAGUUACAAACUCUGGCCAAAUUUAGCGUUUAUAUUUGUGUGUAAAAAAUGCAAAAAACUAAAUUGAACGCUAAUUUUGGCCAGUGUUUGCGACUAAGUGGCUACUAAAAAAGACUGGACAUACCCCAUUUGCAAUACCCUGGGUUGUCUACUUUUGCAAAUUGUAUGCCAUCAUGGGGGUAAUUCUCAUUCCAGGGCUACCAUACAGUCUCGAAAGCAACAUAACCAAUCAGGCAAAUUUCAAUGUGAAAAAAAAGGAAACGCAAGCCCUAUAUUUGACUCAGUAACUUUUUAAAACACCAUAAAACCUGUACAUGGGGGGUACUGUUAUACUCGGGAGACUUCACCGAGCACAAAUAUUAGUGUUUCAAAAUAGUCAAAUAUAUCACAACAAUUGUAUCGUCAGUGGAAGUACCGUUUGUGUGUAAAAAAUGUAAAAAACUGCAUUUUUACUGACGAUAUCAGCGUUGUGAUAUGUUUAACUGUUUUUAAACUCUAAUAUUUGUGUUCAGCAACGUCUCCCGAGUAAAACAGUACCCUACUUGUACAGGUUUUAUGGUGUCCUAGAAAGUUACAAGGUUAAAUAUAGGGCUUGCAAGACAAAUUCUCUGGACUUUCAGCUUGGGUUGUCAGACAGGUCCCUCAAAUUGUAAUUAAUAAAAUGACUUGAUUAUGUAAAUAUAUUAUAUAAAUAUAUUUGUAGAAUUUAAAUAUAUAUGUAUAUAUAUGAAUAUGUAUAUAUAUAUAUAUAUAUAUAUAUAAAAUUGUUUUUAUUAUUUUUAUUUAUAUAUAGCUACAUAUAUGCAUAAGCCGGGUAUACCGGCCAUGUGAUCGCAAAGACCCCAUGAUCACAUGGUCAGGGGGGGCUGGAUCGGGCAGAGGGGGUCUGCCUGAGCUCACAGGCAGACCCCAGUAUCGCGACCGCAGGCAUGGGAACGGCGGAGACCCGGUAAGUCCAAAGGACGGCGGGGACGUUCUAUGCAGUCCGCCGACGUUAAUAACCGCCCUAAAAAGGACAGCAUAGAACGACCGCUGUCCUUAAGGGGUUAAUCUGAAGUAAAAAUGUCACAAAAUGAAAAUAUAAUACACAGAUAAUAGUUACACACAGAGGACACUGACACACACAGUUACACAUAUAGGCUACUAACAAACACAAACAGAGUGCAAUGAUACACACACACAAAAGACACUGACACAUGAACACACAUAUUUACACACAGAGGACCACUGACACACACAUUUACACGAAAAGGAAACUGACACACACAGAGGACACUGAGACACCUACAAUCACCGACAGGCACGCUCUCAUUGAUUUGACAAACACUGACAGACACACUGAAACAUACACAUUCAGACACACACUCACUGACAGGCACACUCACUGAUUUGACACAAACUUACAGACACAUUCACUGACACACACUUUCUCUGAUUUGACAAAUACUGACAAACACACACACAUUAACUGACAGACAAAUACACAUUCUCUCACACACACUCACAGAUUAUUUGUUUAUUAUUUUUAUUAAAAAGUUCACCUAGCCUCCCUAACUCUGGGAAUGGAUCUCUUCCAUGGGGACUAGUGUGGCUGCUGUCAUCUUCUUGUUCAUCUUGCUCUGCUCCCUUGCAUGCUGUUUAGUGACGCCGGGACCAGAGUGAUGUCAUAAUCCAGUUUCCGGCAUCAAAGCAAGGCUUUGGAGGGAGCCGUGCUGUACGAGCACAGAGAUUAAAGCUCCCUCUUCACCUGUAACGUUCACUAGGGAACCCUAACACGCAGACAGGACAGAGUAGAGAGAAUUGCAAUACCGAUCCUUAGAAUGGUCGGAUUAUGCAAAAAGGGAUAGUCAAAACACAAGCCGAGAUUAAGGGAAACAGAGAGACAGAAUAACGAGAGACAAAGCCAAAUAUCAGUAACCAGGAAAUCCAAAUAACAAGUGCAACGCUCAAUGAUAAACCAAAGACCACAACAGGGCACUGAGGCAAGGGAGAGGUUAGCUUUGAUACACACAGGGUGUGUCCGAUUGGCUAACCUCCAAUUAGUGUUAAUCACAACACGUGGGAGGAGUUCGUUUCCUCCCUUGUGGUCUCUGAGGUUAUCACUGUGUGCCUGGUCACAUGACUGGGUGCAGCACACAUUUAAGGAAGCUGCUCUGGAGCGUGCAGCAUGUUGAUUUACUUCUAUGCUUUGGGUCAUUGUCCUGUUGCAACACCCAUCUUCUGUUGAGCUUCAGCUGGUAGACAGAUGGCCUUAAGUUCUCCUGCAAAAUGUCUUGAUAAGCUUGGGAAUUCAUUUUUCCUUUGAUGAUAGCAAUCCGUCAAGGCCCUGAUGCAGCAAAGCAGCCCCAAACCAUGAUGCCCCCACCACCAUACUUCACAGUUAGGAUGAGGUUUUGAUGUUGGUGUUCUGUGCCUUUUUUUCGCCACACAUAGUGUUGUGUGUUUCUUCCAAACAACUCAACUUUGGUUUCAUCUGUCCACAGAAUAUUUUGCCAGUACUGCUGUGGAACAUCCAGGUGCUCUUGUGCAAACUGUAAAUGUGCAGCAAUGUUUUGUUUGGACAGCAGUGGCUUCCUCUGUGGUAUCCUCCCAUGAAAUCCAUUCUUGUUUAGUGUUUUACGUAUUGUAGAUUCGCUAACAGGGAUGUUAGCAUUUGCCAGUGACUUUUGUAAGUCUUUAGCUGACACUCUAGGAUUCUUCUUCACCUCAUUGAGCAGUCUGGCUGUGCUCUUGCAGGACAGCCACUCCUAGGGAGAGUAGCAGCAGUGCUGAACUUUCUCUAUUUAUAGACAAUUUGUCUUACCAAGACUGAUGAACAGCAAGACUUUUAUAACCUUUUCCAGCUUUAUGCAAGUCAACAAUUCUUAAUGGUAGGUCUUCUGAGAGCUCUUUUGUGCAAGGCAUCAUUCACAUCAGGCAAUGCUUCUUGUGAAAAGCAAACCCAGAACUGGUGUGUGUUUUUUAUAGGGCAGGGCAGCUGUAACCAAUACCUCCAAUCUCAUCUCAUUGAUUGGACUCCAGUUGGCUGACAUCUCACUCCAAUUAGCUCUUGGAGAUGUCAUUAGUCUAGGGGUUCACAUACUUUUUCCACCUGCACUGUGAAUGUUUACAUGGUGUGUUCAAUAAAAACAUGGUAACAUUUAAUUCUUUGUGUGUUAUUAGUUUACGCAGACUGUGAUUGUCUAUUGUUGUGACUUAGAUGAUGAUCAGAUCACAUUUUAUGACCAAUUUGUGCAGAAAUCCAUAUCAUUGCAAAGGGAUCACAUACUUUUUCUUGCAACGGUACAUACACUGCUGUGUGUGUUGUGUGAGGGUGCUGGUAGUGUGAUUUGUGUGUGAAGGUGCUGAUAGUGUGCUAUGUGGGUGUUUGUGUGUGUGUGUUUGUGAGGGUGAUGUUAGUGUACUGUGUGUGAGGGUGCUGUUUGUGUGCUGUGUGUGAGGGUACUGGUAGUGUGCUGUGUGUGUGUUUGUUAGGGUCCUGUUAUUGUGCUGUGUGUGGGUGUCAUGUGCUGUGUGAGGGUGCUGUUUGUGUGCUGUGUGUGGGUGUUGUGUGUUUGUGAGGGUACUUUUAGUGUGCUGUGUGUAGGUGUUGUGUGUUUGUGAGGGUACACACAUACAGUAGAAAAACAAAGUGGAAACACCUCCCAAAUACGUGAUAUUAUAACAAUAAAUAUAAAUAACCUGAAAUAGGUAGUAAUUCGUAGACAGGAUCUGUAUAGAAAAUUAAGAAGCUAACAUAGCGUAAUAUAGUACUAGAAAAAGUGAGUAUAUUAAUGAAAAUGGAUGCACUCACAAACGAAAUAGGAAUUCAGGCUUCUCACGCUAUGUUAGCUUCUUAAUUUUCUAUACAGAUCCUGUCUACGAAUUACUACCUAUUUCAGGUUAUUUAUAUUUAUUGUUAUAAUAUCACGUAUUUGGGAGGUGUUUCCACUUUGUUUUUCUACUAUAUGUAAUUUAGGUGUUAGUGAGGUACACCUGGUAUCUCUCCCUUAUAUAUGAUCUAUAUACCAUUAUAGUGUGUAUACUUUAUUGUUCUUGUUUGUGAUACACACAUACAGUACCCACACACAUACAGCACACACACAGCACCCUCACACAGCACCCACACACACAGCACCCACACACACACACACACUACAAUGUUAGUGUGCUGUGUGUGAGGGUGCUGUUUGUGUGUGAGUGUGCUGUUUGUGUGCUGUGUGUGUGAGGGUGCUGUUAGUGUACUGUGUUUGUGUGGGUGCUGUUAGUGUACUGUGUGUGUGUGUGUGGGUGCUGUGUGUGUGUGUGUGUGUGGGUACUGGUUGUGUGCUGUGUGUGUGUUUGUUAGGGUCCUGUUAGUGUGCUGUGUGUGGGUGUCGUGUGCUGUGUAAGGGUGCUGUUUGUGUGCUGUGUGUGGGUGUUGUGUGUUUGUGAGGGUACUGUUUGUGUGCUGUGUGUGGCUGUUGUGUGUUUGUGUGUGAGUGUGCUGUUUGUGUAAGGGUGCUGUUAGUGUACCGUGUGUGUGUGUGUAGGUGCUGUGUGUGUGAGGGUGCUGUAUGUGUAUGGGUGCUGUGUGUAUGGGUGCUGUGUGUGUGUGCUGUUUGUGUGCUGUAUGUGUGUGGGUACUGUAUGUGUGUGCUGUAUGUUUGGGUGAUUUGUGGGGGUGGAGGUGGUGGCAGAUUAGUUAAUAAAUAUUCCCCUCCCUUCUCACCUUAUGUAGGGAGGGGGGACCAUGCUGCUGCCUUCCCAGUGGUCCAGUGGAGGUGGGGGCAGAUUACUUAAUAUCCCACCUCCCUUCUUAUGUAGGGAGGGGGAUCCUUUCUGCCUUCCCUGGUGGUCCAGUGGAGAGUGAACUUUAGCCUGCGGGGCUAGAGUUCACUCUCGCGAGAGAUCUCGCGAGAGGAACCCGGCGGAGCUGCUGGCAAGAGCUCCACGGGUCCUUUCAUGCCUCCCUCACUGCAUGUGGGUUGGUGAAGGGAGGCUUAGAGCAGAGCCGGCGCUCAGAUAGCGCCGGCGCUCAGAUAGUGCCGGCUCUGCAUGAGCCGACAGGGGGGAUCCUGAGAUCUCCCCUGCCGGUCUCACUACAGAGGCAUGCCGCGGGGAUUAGGGUGUGUCCAGGCACACCCCGUGCGCACGCCUAUGGAUACCACCCAGCCACAGCCUCCUCCUGGACACUGUACUUGGGAAGAGUAGGCAACUGCAGUCCAGGUAAGCAGGUGCUUAUUCUGCCUGAGGGCAAUCCUGGGGGCCCCUAAGGUAGCCAGCCAGCACAAUUUUGGCAUAGCUCCUGUUUUUGGUACACAGGUUGAAAAACUAGGCUCUAGUGGAAGAUGGCAUGGCUCAUUUAAGGAGGUGAAAAUGUGCUUUGUAAUGUUCUGAAGCUGACUAAUGUCUUCACACCAUCUGUAGUUGUUAAAUCUGUGAAAUGGCUACUUCAUAGUGAAACUUAGUUGGCUUCGUUCUACAGAGAACUAAGUUAUAUAGCAGCUUCUUUUGUGGUUUAUUUGCUGUGCUGCAGACAAAAGAUGCAACCUCAAACAUUUUAGCCAUUUAAAGUUUGUUGUGAUGCACAAAGCCUUACAACAGCUCAAACAUCUUCCAAAUCCACAUCUCAGCUUUGUACUUCGUAUGUUGUGCAGAGACUCUGGAAGAAAGAUUAACCCUGGGGAGAAAUGUAUAUUUCUUUCCCUUUAAUCUUUACUAAAGGUAAAUAAAGCUGGAAUUCAUGAACAAAUUGAUGAAAAGCAUUUUAAAUGAUCAUUUAUACACAGUGAUUGUGGUAAAUGUUUUUAAUAUUAUUUAAAGGUAUAGUGACAGAAACAAACCUCAAGUCUAAUAAAGCAUUAUUAGAAAAAAACAUAUGUUUUCUUAUUUUUAUCUGGUACAUUUGGUUAAGUAACUCAAGCUGAUAUGAACUGUAUCUCCCGGAGUCCCCAGCAAAAUAAUGGCUGGGAAUAUUGGGAGAUGAAGUCCUCAUGGCUCAGGUGCGCUAGCCAAUCCCUGUUAUUGCCUAAAUUAGAGAACCUUUGAGGCAAAUUGAGAACUAAUGCGAAUCAUGUGAAACUUCAGGAAUGGGUCACUGAGCUGAUAUCACAUUGGAGAAAUAGUUGUACAUAUUUAUAAAAAAAAAAAAAACAGAGUGAGGAAGAUAGACAGAUCUAUAAGAUUAGGCAGAAAGAGGCUAAGCAAGAGCUUCCAAAUUACACACAGAAGAGAAAAUAGCACAGUCACUAAAAAAAGGGGACAAAACAUUUUUUAGAUACAUAAAUGAGAAAAGGAAAGUAAAACAAGGAUUAGUUAGAUUAUAAACAAAAGAAGAAAGGUUUGUAGAAGAGGAUAAAGGUCUAGCUGACUGUCUCAAUGAAUAUUUGUGUUCAACUAUUUACAGAUGAAUAUGAAGGAAAGGGGCCUCAGUUAGGAAAAAGGACAAAUGAGUCAUUUGCUACAUGUGAGUUUACAGAGGAAGAGGUUCUAUUUCAACUGUCAAAAGUAAAGACAAAUACGUCAAUUGGACGUGAUGGAAUACACCCAAAGUUAUUAAAAGAGCUUAGUGGUGUACUAGCAAAACCAUUAACAGAUUUAUUUAACUAAUCAUUGUUAACAAGAGUGGUCCCAGAAGAUUGGAAGUUAGCGAAUGUUGUGCCCAUUCACAAGAAAGGUAGCAGGGAGGAGUCAUGCAACUAUAGGCCACUAAGCAUUACUUCCGGGAAAGUAAUGGAAACCAUGUUAAAGGAUAGGAUUGUUGAACAUCUAAAAUCACAUGGAUUUCAAGAUCGAAGACAACAUGUGGUUACUUCAGUGAGAUCAUGCCGAACUAAUCUUAUUGAUUUUUUUGAUUGGGUAACUAAAAUAAUGGAUCAGGGUGGUGCAGUAGACAUUGCUUACCUAGAUUUCAGUAAGGCUUUUGACACUGUUGCACAUUGAAGGCUUAUCAAUAAACUGCAAUAUUUAAGUUUAGAUUCCAAUAUUGUUGAAUGGGUAAGGCAGUGGCUGAGUGACAGGCAACAGAGGGUUGUAGUCAAUGGAGUAUAUUCAAAGCAUGGUCUUGUCACCAGUGGGGUAUCUCAGGGAUCUGAACUUGGACCCAUUCUCUUUAAUAUUUUAUUAGUGAUAUUGCAGAAGGUCUUGAUGGUAAAGUAUGUCUUUUCGCUGAUGAUACUAAGAUAUGUAACAGGGUUGAUGUUCCAGGAGGGAUAAACCAAAUGGCAAAUGAUUUAGGUAAACUAGAAAAAUGGUCAGUGUUGUGGCAGCUGACAUUUAAUGUGGAUAAGUGCAAGAUAUUGCAUCUUGGAUGUAAAAACCCAAGGGCAGAGUACAGAAUAUUUGAUAGAGUCCUAACCUCAACCUCAACAUCCUAGGAAAGGGAUUUAGGUACACAUGUGCAAUUCAUUUCGGUCCGAAUGUGAAUUUCGGGCAAUUCGGACAAUUGGGUACUUUCGAAUGUCCGAAUAGAUGAAUUGCUGAGUUGUCGAAGUCCCAAAGUUCCGAAAUUACUGAAUUUCCGAAGUGCCGAAGUGCUGAAGUUCCGAAGUUGCCGAAGUUCCGUAGUGCCGAAGUUCUGAAACACAGUAUUGCCUAAAAACUAAUAUACUUACCCAGUGGAAGAAUGAAGAAUGUUACACUGUAUACAAUUUUUAAUUAAAAGUAUACAAACAUAGCCAGGAUUCAGCUAUAAGCAUUUGCAACACUUACAACAAUCAAGUAACAUACAUUCAUAUAAAAUGUAAGUUACUUAGCCUGUCAAUGGAAUGACAGGAAUGAAUAAGUAGAUAACUCCCUAAUUUCUACGGUAUUUAGGAAAUACCCGCCCUGCAAUUAGGCUCAGAGCACUCUGGUUGGUGGGUUUAAGCCAUCCAAUCAGAGUGCUCUGACAGGUAAAUGAAGAGACUGACAGGUAAGUCUCUACAUUUACCUGGCAAUGCACUCUGAUUGGUUGGCUUGAAAUCCACCAAUUAGAGUGCUCUGUGCCAUUUUACAAAGCGGGUAAAGUUCUUUGGAAUUUUCCCACGCUGUGUAAUUUGACUCAUAACACUCUGAUUGGUGGAUUAAGUAACCAAUCACAAAGUUAUGAGUCAAAUUACACAGCGUAGGAAAAUUUCAAAGAACUUUCCCACGCUGUGUAAAAUGACACAGAGCACUCUGAUUGGUGGAUUUCAAGCUAACCAAUCAGAGUGCUGUAACAGGUAAAUGUAGAGACUUAUCUGUCAGUCUCUUCAUUUACCUGUCAGAGCACUCUGAUUGGAUGGCUUAAACCCACCAAUUAGAAUGCUCUGAGCCUAAUUGCAGGGCGGGCCAAGGCUUCAUAAGCCUUGCCCCGCCCUGCAGAGCUCAGUCUGCGCGGAGCCCUCCAUGGGUGAAGAUGGAUUUUUUUUUUAAAUGCGUUGGUUAUUAUGGAUUUUUUAUUUGGCCUUUUUUGGGGCUGAAAAAAAUAAGAUUUUAGAAGAAAGAAAACAUCAAAUGGUAAGUUUUAUUUUUUUUUACAGGUACUUAAUUAAAGGUCCCCCCCUCAUUAUUUUUAGGGUGAGGGGGUAGGUAGGGGUUAAUUUUUUUUUGGGGGGUGACUAGGGCUUUGGGGACCCCUAGUCCCUGGGGGGGUAAUAUUUUUAUUUAUGGCCCCCACCUGCCACAGGCUGCUCACUGUUGCCCCUACUCGCGGUAUAGUAUUUUUAGUAUUAGUAAAUUUGUCUGAAACACCAAUUUAGGUCCUUCAGCCUUUUGGUAGAUAACUCCCUAAUACAGUGGAAAUUAGGGAGUUAUCUACUAAGCGGCUGCAAGAGAAGUCCCGAAGUGCCGAAGUCCCGAAAUUCCUAAAUGCAGAAGUUCUGAAAUUCCGAAGUGCCGAAGUUGCCUAAGUUCCGAAGUCUCAAAGUCCCGAAUUUCGGAAUGCUGAACCGAACCGAAAAUUUUCCCCAUGCACAUGCCUAGAUUUAGGGGUCAUUAUUUCAGAUGACUUAAAAGUAGGCAGAUAAUGUAAUAUAGCAGCAGGAAAUGCUAGCAGAAUGCUUGGUUGUAUAGGGAGAGUUAUUAGCAGUAGAAAGAGGGAAGUGCUCAUGCCAUUGUACAGAACACUGGUGGGACCUCACUUGGAGCAUUGUACGCAAGUAGCUGAACACAAACUGCAGUGACAAGUAGCUCCAAUACACCAAUACAGCUGCCAAAACAAUGAGACUGUUUCUAACCUUAGCUGGGGAUAUGGUGUAUAAUAUUGUGGGUGUAAGAUGUACAUAUAAUCCUGCCUUAAUCACAAUAAGACUAAAGGGAUCAAAAUCCUUGUCCUAGGGUAGACAUCAAUCCCCAUUAUAAUGUCACAACUCCACAGAAUGCUACUUACAGUGCUCUAAGCCUAGGCAACACAGGAUAUUAUACACCAUAUCCCCAGCUAAGGUUAGAAACAGUCUCAUUGUUUUGGCAGCUGUAUUGGUGUAUUGGAGCUACUUGUCACUGCAGUUUGUGUUCAGCUACAGUUUACUUCUAUAUACAUACUAGUAUCCUUUUUUUCUCUUAUGUUUGAAGUUAGUGAUAUUGGUAUUUGUAAUUAAGAUAUGUAUUGUCUAAAAUUAUGAAGAGCUUCACAGUAAUGUAUUAGGUCUCUUUGUUAUACUUGCCUCACUACACUAUUUAAAUAGUAAGGUUCCCCAAUCUUUUUGUGGUUUGUUUUUAUUUAUUUUAUUGGUUGCUAGGAAGCUUUUCUUCCAUAGCAACUAGCUCCCAAUGAUGCUGCCAGCUGAUCGCCCACGGGAUGACGUCAUGACGCCGGCGUCACGUGAUGACGUCAUUGACGCACGUUCCGACGCCGGCCGAACCCACGUGGGUGCCAGACCGAGCUGAGAGGGAGAAACAACUGUUUUGGUGUUGUGUAAGUUGAUUAUCAAUUUGUAAUAUACUAUAUAUGGAAAUUAUGAAUGUUUAUGUGUUAAUCCUGAUGAAAGUCUGUGGUUAACAGACUGAAACGUCGAUUUUUGUAUUAGCUCAUUAAAAGUUAAGUUUUAUUUUUUGUUUAUAGUCCUGAGAGUACUAUCUGAUUUCUCUUUUUAUAUAUAUAUAUACAUAUAUUAAUUCUACAUAUAUAUUUACGUAAUAUUUUUACAUAAUUAGGUAUCUUAAUUAAUUACAAUUAGCGGGACCUGCCUGACAACCCAUGCCGAAAGUAAAGGGAAUUUAAUUUGCUAGCACUAUAUUUAACCCUAUAACUUUCCAAGACACCAUAAAACCUGUACAUUGGGGGUACUGUUCUACUCGGGAGACUUCGCUGAACACAAAUAUUAGUGUUUCAAAACAGUAAAAUGUAUUACAACGAUGAUAUCGCCAGUAAAAGUGACUUUUUUUGCAGUUUACUAGUGUACUAUUUAGAUUAUCUGGCUCAACGUCAUCCCCCUUUUUAUUUAUUCCGUAAUUAUUCUAUAAAUGUUAUUUGAUAGGGAUAGUUUGAUUGCAAUGCUAUCUAUUAAUUUUUGCUUCUUCUCAUUGGAUGUCCACCCUCUCUCCUUUUAAAUUGUUAGCUUGCUUGUUACAGCAUCUUGAAAAUGUAACCAGUUGAGACUGAGAUGUUGUCUGUAGCUGUACAGGAUUUUUGCUUAGAUAAAUAUUGUUUGUUUUUAACUGAGUACAAAGUCCCAAGCAUAUUUUUAUAAGAACAGGCUAUAUUUUCACAUCAUCGAAUCCAGUCAGUCAUUCUUCUAUUACUAAAAUGCCAACAGAGAGGCCGGAGAGACAGCAGUGGUGCUUCUCUCUCUCGCUACUCUCUUGGUACAUCACUAAAGGGAAAAAAGGAUGAAUUAAAGGCAGCAGCCACAAAUAGCAGAUACUGCCAGAGAGUGUAACUUUAACCAGUGUGUUCUGGCGCCAUCUCCUGGUUUAUUGUCAAACAGCUCAGGACUGGUUUUAUAUAACCUUGGCCUUUUCUGGUGUCUGGAGCCCGCACCCUUCUUGGCUGUAUUGAUAAUGUGGAAUUAACACUUACUGAAGAUGAGCAGAUGCAGGGUCAUUGCUGAGAGUCUAGAAGGAAACCUAAUAAACUAAAACUUACUGAAACAAUAAGAGGUCAGAUAAUCCAAAGUGUAGAAUAAAGAAAAUAAACUAAUAGGAGAUGUAAAGUAUUAAUUGCAGGGGUAGGGUUAGUAAUUACUUUAGCUGAUUUGGGAAAAAUCUUAGAAUCUCAUUUUAUACAACUUAUAAUGCAGAGCAUAAGGAUGUCCAGCAUUCUUUAAGAGAGUCAGAUUCUGUUAGAAUCCAAGAAGCGUCUCUAGUGUCUGCAAUGUUUUGCAUUUUAGGACUUAGGGGGACAGGGACACUGCACCCAAACCGCUACAAUGAGCUGAAGGGGUCUGGAUGCCUAUAGAGUCCUUUUAAUUGCUAAUAAAUAGUUUUAGUUUUGUGACUCACAUCCACAAAUUGUCUCUAGUAGAAACCCAAAACACUGAGUAGGAUUUUGUUCAUUGACAAACAAAAAGUUAUUAACUGGACGAAAGUAAAUACUUGUUCUCUUUCAGUGAAGUUCAUGACUGAAAUGUUUUAGAUUCUCUUUGUACUGCACGACAAAUGUGGAGUAGAAUUUUCCAUUAGCUUCACAAGGAUCUUGAAGACUUGGAUAAAAUAGACGUCUUUCCUCCCAUUUGGGAUGAUGAUGAUGAUGAUGAUGAUGAUGAAUACUGUAGCCAUUGCUGCUGCCGAGGAGUAGUGGGAGUUUAAGCACAGGGCUUCAUUAUGUGCGUUUGUAUUUGUAUUGUUUUUGCAUUAUGUCUCUUGUUUGAUGUAUUUAACCCUUUAGUGUCAAGUUACAAAAAUGUUAGAGCUAUCAAGAAAUAAGAAAUGCUCAACAACAAAAUUCAGAUGUAUCGAACCGAAUAAAUAUAUGGUGUCUCCAUUUUUGCUGUACUGUAUAGAAUAUAGACAGAAAUUUUAUGUCAUAGAUCCCAACAUUUAUUUGGCUGUGUAGGAUUUGCUCAAUGGUGAAAAUACCAUUUCUAAUACCAAUCUAAUAGAAAGUAUGAUUCAUCAAACCAGGCAAUCUUCUUCCAGUGGUCCAUUUCAGAUGCUCAUGUCCCUGUUGAAAGAGCUUUUGAUGGUGGACAGGGGUGAUUAUGAGCACUCUGACCAGACUUUGGCUACGUAGCCUUAUACACAACAAACUGUGAUGCAUUGUGUGUUUUGACACCUUUUUAUCAUAGCCAGCAUUGUGUUUUCCAUCAAUUUGAGAAACAGCAGCCCUACUCGUAAAUCAAUAAAUAUUAUAUAUAAUGGUUUUGACUGACUAUGUGAAAAACUUAUAGUUGUGUUAAUUAUACAAAAUGAAGAAGGGGCACAUAAGGGUGGCCAAAAGGUAGAACCCCUUCUGUUUAACUCCUGUUAACAUUUUAACAGUUUUUGUGUGCAGGAGGGUAGCUAUUCCUGCUGAUGCUUUGUGAGGCUGAUGGUAGUGUGGAUCUGGAAUCGUCUCCCCUUGAUCCUUCCCACUCCUCUCCUGUACUGCCUCCUCUCCCUUCCACGCAGCUUCCUCUGGAAGCAAGUGACAUAAUGUCACUUCCAUCUGGCAUUGCCGAUAAUACAGGGGCUCGGUCGCACUGUUAAAGGGCCACGGCAUGUCACCAUACCCUGAUAAGGUGUUAAACCCUAUGACAGUUAGCUGGGCCAGUUGAAAGAUGCACAAAGCUGAUAAAGCUAAAGUAGAAUGAGAAUGUCUGCCUUAGCAAUGUAGAAUUGUUCAUAUCUGAUUUGUUUACUAUCGAUAUAUGUACAGGAUUUGUGAGGUAUAUAUUUAGAAAAUCAUGCAUGAAGCAUAGAAUGCUUUCGUAUAACAAUUUUGUGUUUCCCUGUGGUUUCUGGAUAUGGUUGUAUAUGUAUUGAUAUAUGUAUAUUACCAUUGCUAUUUAUUAGUCUAAUUAGAGCUAUAUGUUCAGUAAAUCACCAAACACAUUUUCAUAACAAUCUCGGUGACUCCAUAUGGUUAUAAAGAUAACAAGAAUAACUGUAAACAGAGCAAGAUCCAUGAAAGCGGUUUUGUAAUUUAGAAAGGAUUCGGCCUGUAUACUGUAUACUGUACACUGUACAAGUAGGAGAAAGUUAGUACAUCUUUAGAAAUGUAAACACACACAUACGAUAAGCAAGCAUGUUUUCUUGCCAUCAUUAACUGCUUGAAAUCGAAUGUUCGCAGUAUUUUCUGUAUAGAUGUUUUUUAUGCAUUCAGAAUAAAGCUCGUUAGAGCACAACUGAGUCAGCAAGAAGUCUGUUUGUGGUAAUUAUUUUCAAUCUACACACUGGGAGCAACACAAACUGUUUGAUCCUUUACUGGGUGUCACGAUUACUAUAUGACCCAACGCGCAGAACUAUUUAGAAUGGCCGGACUUAAGGUAAAUAAAGAAUGGUCGAAAUACUAACCAAGGUCAGGGACACAGAAAGAGACACAAUGAGGAAACAAGCCAAGAGUCAAGGAUACCAGAAAUACAGGAAAGUCAAAAAUACAAGUCAAAGUCACACACCAAAAAGAAUUAGAAUAGGAAUGCACUCUCUGUUAACCAACUAGUGGAAACCACGACCGGGCACUGACCAAAUGCUAUUUUGAGUUUAAUUAACCCUCCUAAGGAUAUGAUUGGUUGUACAUAGCCUUUGACCCCAAAACGUGCGUGUGCAGAGUUUGUGUGCCGUCACACGCACGUCAACACCAUCUUUGUUGAGGACGGAGGCGGGGCUACAUAGUUUCGUGGGACCGCAGCGGCCAGCGUUCAUUAGAACGCCGCACCGGUGAGGGAUCGCUCCACAAGGGUGCUGAAUGGCAAGCUGACUUGCCUUAGGUAUGUUUUUUUAUUAUUUUACCAGCAUGACCACAGCGAUCGGAUGCGGCCACGCUGUAUGGAGGCGCAGGGGACAUGACACUGGGGAUGGCUCAAGGGCACUCCUAGCACCACAAGUACCACAGUGAGUUGUAGUGUUUAUGGUAUAUAGAAUGCAUCUUUAAGUGUUACCAGGUCAUUUCCUAUGUUUUUUUCAAUCAAAAGCAACAGGGAGUGUAAAUGGGGUCCUAAGAACACAACUGUCUAUGGAUGUUUUUAAACUGACAGAGUUAACACAAACCCUAUACGCAGUUCUAUGUUUAGGGGCUUGCUGAGCAUAAACGUGAUUCUAUGUCGCACAUAAUUAUAUGUUUUUAACAAGCCUAACUUUCAGUAAUUGUGAAUGUUAAGCAACAUGUAUGUGUGUGUGUAUGUUAUAUAUAUAUACACACACACACAUCACACUUUCUCUUUACAAGGCAUGUAGACACAUUUGUGUGUUUUAUUCUUUAAAGGGACACUAUAUUCACCAGAACAACUACAGCUUUUUGAAUUUGUUCUGGUGAGUAGAAUCAUUCCCUUCAGGCUUUUUGCUGUAAACACUGUCUUUUCAGAGAAAAUGCAGUGUUUACAUUACAAUGGUUUGUGUUCCUGACCCUGUAGUGAUCCUUUAACCCCUUAAGGACACAUGACAUGUGUGACAUGUCAUGAUUCCCUUUUAUUCCAGAAGUUUGGUCCUUAAAGGGGUUAAAGAAAGCAAACUACAUGCCAAAUCAGUAAAUUGGAAGCGGCACCUACUGGAAAACACAUUUUACACAGAAUACAUUUGCUAUGUAAAUUAUUUUUCAAGCUCUGAGCUGGCCCUGGUGUCACCCGGCGGGCUGGCUGGCGGGCGCACGAGGGAGCACUCUCCCAUGUGUGCUCCCUCGCGCACCGCAUUGAUACCGGUGCUGGAAGAUGACGUCAUCUUCCGGCUCCGGUAUCAGUAAGCGGCGCUCAAGGGAGCUGAACAGGAAGCACUCAUGGGAGAGUGUUCCCUCGCGCGCCCGCCUGCCGGCCCGCCGGGUGACAUCACAGCAACACCACUGGACCCCAGGGAAUCCCCUCAGCUCUCCCAAACGUAGGGAGGCUGGGGGAUUAAAUUUAAAAAAAAAUGUGUGUGAGUGUGUGUGUGUUAGAGUGUGUUAGUGUUAGAGAGUGUGUGUGUGUGUGUGUGUUAGUAUUAGAGUGUGCGUGUGUUAGUGUUAGAGUGUGUGUGUGUGUGUUAGUGUGUGUUAGAGUGUGUUAGUGUUAGAGUGUGUGUGUGUUAGUGUUAGAGUGUGUGUGUGUUAGUGUGUGUGUGUUAGUGUUAGUGUGUGUCAAUUAGUGUGUUACUGUGAGUGUCUGUCCAUCAGUGAGUGUGUAUGUAUGUCUGUCACUGAGUGUAUGUCUGUCAGUAAAUGUGUGUGUCUGUUAGCUAGUGUGUAUGCGUCUGUUCAUGAGAGUGAGUGUGUGUGUCUUAAGCACUUACCUUUCUCCAGCGCCGGACUCCCUUGGCGCUGGGGAUCUCUCCACCCCGAUCCGCCUCUCAGCUCCAAAUGCGCAUGCAUGGCAAGAGCCGCGCGCGUAUUCAAACCGCCCAUAGGAAAGCAUUACUCAAUGCUUUCCUAUGGACGUUCAGCGUCUUCUCACUGUGAUUUUCACAGUGAGAAUCGCAGAAGCUCCUCUAGCGGCUGUCAAUGAGACAGCUACUAGAGGCUGGAUUAACCCUCAGUGAAACAUAGCAGUUUCUUUGAAACUGCUGUUUUCAGCUGCAGGGUUAAAACUAGAGGGACCUGGCAGCCAGACCACUUCAUUGAGCUGAUGUGAUCUGGGUGUCUGUAGUGGUCCUUUAAGUGUAUGUGUAUCUGCAUGCACUGGCGUACAUACCUCGGUCGCAGGGGUUGCAGGGCUACUAUAUAUAAGCCAGUAAGGCUUACUGGCUUAUAUAUAGUAGCCUGACAACACAACCAAUAAAGAUUUAUUCCCAAAUAUAAAGAAUUAUUGUGAAUUUGUAUUUUGUUUAACAUAUGUAGAUGUGCAAUAAGAAUUAAACAUUCAAUUUGCAUGUUUACAUUUUCUAAAGGCUGAUGAUGUGAUGCCUGGGGAUUUGAACCAAAAGCAAAAAUUAAAAGCUAUAUUUUCUAAUAUUUAUUGCUGAAGUGUUUAUUUUUAUUAAGAAUAUUGAACUAUUUAUAUAUAUUUUACCAUUCUGAGUUCAGGACUGCUCUGGAAUGAAGAUAGACUCAUUUUUUUGAUGAAAGCAGGAAGGACUAGAGACAGGUUAUAAGAUGUGGAGGUCAGGAGGUUUUGCUAUAAUGUUAAAAUAAUAAAUAGUUAUUGGAAGCGGCAAGGACAGGUGUGUUUUACAUAGCACUAAAGAAACAAAAUUAUUUGCAUCAAAGGGCACAUCAAUUUCAUAUCUAAAUUAAGCCCUGGAAAUUAUUGUAGCAGAAAGACUUCAACCAUCUAGAAAUAAACUGAGAGACAGUGAGCAAAAUUCUGGAUAGUAGCAAACGUCCAAGCAGAGCAAUGUAAGACACAAGGUGACUUGGACAAAAGUCUAGGGCCGAUGGCAACCUGGGAAUCCAAACAGCAGAGUUAAUGAAAUGGAAGUGAAAGACAUGGAGGGUUAUUCACUAAAUUGAAAAUUUAAAUAUAUUUACAAUUCAAGGUAAAAAAAGAACUGAACUGGAAACAUUCUUUAAAUCAGCUAUGCUUCCUUUUUGGCUACUUCCCCAUCAAUUCACGGUCACUACGUACAUCCAGAGAAUCAGGAAGGGAGGAAAGGGGCAUCUCAAUGAAGUAAGUCAAGACAGAUUUACACAACAGUUGUGAAUUUACUCAACUGAUAGUACUAGAAUAUUUAGCAAUUUGAGUCCAUCAGUGGCAACAUUAUUAAGUGUUCUUGCAUGGCAAGACCACUUACUAUUAUCUCACAAAUAUAUUAUUAUUCUUAUUAUAGCCAAAUUUAUAAUCCUAACUCCUCCCACAGUUUUUACACUACAUAGACAGUAAUAUACCGAAACGUGCGUAUUGUUCCCAAUUGGUGUGCUAUUACGUUAUGGAACGUUUCGCCAAAUGGUUCAAGAAAUAUCGUCAUUUUUGUGGCAAAAUUGGUUCCAUGGGAAUGAAUGGCAGAAUGUUCAAAACUAGAGUGGGAGCUGACAAAAGCUGAAAAAUCAUGACAUGAUUUCUAAACUGCCACCACUCCCUCAUUUUCAAGCCCACCUACACAAAUCUUAUAUCAAAACUUUCAGCUAUCCCUGCUGCCACUAAUGUCCACGGCUAAGCCAUAGUCCUGAUAGUUUUUACAAUAUGACCAUUUGUUUGCAACUCACACCGUCCAUUGACAUUCAUUGAAACUCCACUCUAGUCACCUCAAAUUUGAAGGGAAAUUUCUAAACUGCGACUAUGCCUUCAUUUUUAAUAUUUCAGAGACAUACUAUGCAUCAAAAUGUAGAUCUGUGUCUUGUGAUUCUCACAAUAUAAAGCUCUUCGCUGUAGGAUUUAUAGUUUUUAAAACUACGACCGUUUGAAGAUGGCAACCACCAGUGAAGUGAGCAAUUUGGAACAGUUUGUUUUUAACUGCUCUUCUCUGCCCUUGCUGUAGAGUGAGUUGCCAAAGGAACCAAGGUGUGUGAGCAGCCAGCAGAGUGUUCCGGAACACAGAGGCUGCUAGAUGAAAAACUUUCUCUAAACUGCUGUCAUUCCUACAGUUUUGAUAACACAAAAGUGAGCACUAUCACAUUUAAUAAAUAUAUUUCCAUGUUAGUCAAUUUGUUAUACCUGUAACAGAAAAACAGUAACAUACAGGGGGCGGAGCCUAGCACCAAAACGGAGCGGUAGUGCUGCACCUCGGCUCCUGCUCAAAACGGCACAAAUUGGGGAAUUAACCCCCCAAAAAUGGCACAAGAGCAUGCAGGAGAGGAGCCAUUAAGUUUGGCACCUUGGGUGCCAAAAUUAAACGUGUAACCCACCGAGACCCUGCAUUACCACCCAAGGCCUACCAGAGAUCGGGCAGUGGAGAGACAGCCGCUCACCACGCUGCGGACCUGAGUAUGGACUUCCAGGGGUUCCCAACUCCUACCCCUCCCUUUGGACUGAUGGGGGUCAUCCAUGGGCAAUCGGAGAGACAGACGCAGCCUGAAACCGCAGAUCACAGAAAAGCAACAGAAGGGUUACCAAGCACAUGGCCUGCUUAAGAUGGCGGCGACAAGCGAGAGAAACCACACACAAAGGACAGAGAAAUGCAGCGACAUUCAGCAGCGACUGGAUGCAGCCUUUGACCAAUUCGGGACCAAGCUAUGGGACCUGAUGCAAACGCCUCAGGUAAAAUCGCAAGCACCGCCACCUCAGGGCGUGCGGAACCAAGGGCACAGGGAGCAGAAAGACACAACUUUGAAAUACACGAGAACGAAAGGGCGGCAUGUAGGUGAGCCACAACACGCACCACCCGACGCCAUACACCCCAAGCAACACUAAGCCUCACUGAGAACCCACACCCAUAAGCGCCCCAGACAAACUUCCCGGGUCCCCCGCCCGCACAAGGGCAAUAGACGCCCAACCGCACAAAAACAAGCUCCCUAUCCAGGUGCCCGGAGAGCAUGGCGCCUACACAAAUCCGCCUACUCACCUCAUCAUGGCCUCACCACAACCCGACCGGCCAGAGAAAGACCCCUUGCGACUAACUCACCAUGGAAGAAGAAACACGCACCACAGAGCCAACCACAGGCACCGAAAAGACCCAGGGGCUCAGACCCGAGCCGGAGACUAAAAUACCUGACACUGGUGCAUCAAUGCAGAGAACUCCGGGUCUGGCAGCACACACGCACUCUUAAAGGAGCACUCUCGGCCUGGAGCGGCGGCCUGCCAGCCGUGGGUAUCAACUGACCAACUUACAAUACAGAAUGGCAGGGAGGCACUAUGGCUCAACAGUCAGUCAGUCGACCUGUGAAACUAGCUAAAAAUGAGUCAAUAUAAUCUAAGGGCCUGAGACUCUUAAGCUAGAUAUGUAUGCAUUGUUUAAUUCAGUAAAGGAAGCAGCCUAGAACUUAGAUAUGUUUUUAUAUUUAGAACGUCAUUGAUGCAUAGCACUUGACGGGCUCUAAAAGACGGCUAGCAGGUUAUAACCUUUACCACUUACUCUAGCAGACCUGGUGAGAUUUUGCUAUACGUAAUACGACCUGUGGCCAUUUAAGUCAUGUUAAAGUUUACAUGUUUCAACUUCCCUGCCCCCAUGGCCAGCGGUACACUUAAGUAUCUCAGCAUGUUAUUCAAAGCUGCUAACAGCUCGACAAAUGCCUUCUCUGACCAACCCCUGAUGUUAUUCUUUGUGAAACAGCGAUAGUGGGGUUUCAUUGGCGGAGUUUAAGUUGUAUGUGUUCAUCAGUAUGCAUAACACGAAGGCCAAUGUAAACAACGUUAAGCAUUGAUUAAUCUAUUUUAUUUUCUUCUAGUUAAUCAUAUUUCACUCUAGUUAAUCAUAUUUUGACAACAUAACCAUUUGGUUCAGCACGAUAUAAAAUACAAAAAUGUGCAAAUUACUAUGCCACUACCAAACUACUGUCAAUCUUGAAAUACGCUGUUGUGGCGUCCGUUGAUAUCCUGUAAUCACCUGCACAACCAAAAUAAAGAAUAAUAAAAAAAUAAAAAAAACAGUAACAUACAAUGUUACAACUAUACAGCUAAUCAAUGUUUCAUAAAGUUACUCUGCCCAGUCCAACCUUUCCACAGUUACUCCAGCCACUCCAACCACACAACAGUUACUCAAGCCACUCCACCCAGUUACUCCGCCCACUCCAGUUAUAGACUACUGGUGGAGACAAGAACACUUCACACAAUUUCCCCAGAAAUUGUAGCUUUUCUAGUUAAAUAUAUUGUAGCUUUGGGACCCUUUUGUUACAAAGUUUCUUUGCUGUAGCAACUGGAUCUGGCUCAUUUAAUCUAUAGAAGCUUUGCACAGCCUACAGAUCCUUUCUAUAGAAGGCAGUGAACCUUUUUUGGACUUUUUCAUAAGAUUUAUAGUUAUUUACUGCCUUUGUAUAUGAUUGUAUAAGUCACUCAGUUGUACUCUAGCACUUUGUUCAUGACUGCUUCAUUCUGUUUUAUUGAGAGAGGUUAUUUUUUGUGUUUUAGCUUUUUAUUUAAAAAUUUAUGUAAUUCAUGUUUUUAAGCCAAUGUUUGAUAUCAGAUCCUGGUUGAUAAUCAGGUUUUUCACUCUGGAUUUAUUCUCAAACAGACUAGACUGAUUAUUAUAUUUCAUUUUUGUAGAGUGCCUGCAUAUUCCACUGAGCUGCACAAUAUAAAAUGGGUGAUGGAAAAGUUAAUGUUAUACAAAUGUUGCAAAAAUAUAAAAUACACAGUUACAUUAUUCCGGACAGGCAGGGAAUCAUUGAAAAGACUGGCUGAGUGGAAAAAAAGAUGAAUGAUGAGUGUUGUUUCUGGUGUUAAAAACUGACAUAUCUGAAGAUGGUCUUUAGGUGAAAGUAGUAGAAUAGGAGCAAUUGAUUGAAUAUCGGGCUGGAAGGAGAGACCAAAAUCAAUAAUACAAGGCUUGGGUGGGUGAUAAGAUUGUGACAUUAUUUAUUUAUUUUAUUAUUAUUUUGUUAUUCACAUUUGUAUUAUGAAUGAGAAAUGGCAUGUACAAUUGUGGCGAAAGUGACCUCGUCACUGUUUUUUGGAGGGGACUACUUGCCAACCUUUUGCCCUGUGACUAUGGCCCCUUUAAUUUUGUUUUUGUAUUUUUAGCCGCUGAAAACACUCUGUGGGUACUUCCAAUACUCCGCCAUAGAACAGUAGACACCAGAAAAAAAAACAAAUAACUUGAGGUCUGGUUGGAGUUUCCACCUUCCAAGCCUCUAGUUAGAGUGCAGCGCUAUAUAAAUCUAUACAAAGUGGAUAUGUGUAUUUAUAUAUAUAUAUAUGUAUAUGUAACUCACCCCUCUUAAUCGACUUGUUAGGGGGUGUACAUAAAAGACAAAAAAAGGAGAGAUACACAGAAUAAUCGUGCAAUAUUGUUUAUACACAGUGUUUAAUAUUUUUUGUGAGUUUGGAUUUUACUCACAUUUUUUAGAGCCUUUUAAGAUUUUAGGCUCUAAACUUCCAGGCUUCCGUGUCUUUAAGGUAGACAGCUUAACCCCUUUAUCGUUUAGAUUCUUGCCUAUAUUCCUCUCCCCAAUAUGGAGAUUAGAAAAGAGAGAAAAAGGGACUCUAGGUGUAGUAUUUUAGAGAAAUCCUCUUUAAAUAAUAUAUAGAUGUUUAAAAAGGGUGCUCACCUUUUUUAGAGCUCUUGUAAGAGCUGUUCCUGCUAUGCUCUCUGAAGGAUGAAAGGUUCACCAACGGAACCUGGAGCCUUGUCGUAGGUCCAGGGUGGGUAGGAGACGACGAGACCCCAACCAAGCUGCGGCGGAUUGUGGGGUGUGCAGUACUUAUGGUGUCUGGAGAAGUGCUUGGAGCCUUCGGUAAGAACUAGGAGCAUCAGUCAGUGGAGGUACCCAACCGGGGUACAGGAAGCUCUAUUACAACAAUGCAUGGAAAAAUUCCAAUACAAAGAAAACAAAAUAUUUGCAAUCAAUACGACAACCUUUUCUUAAGAAUUUAAGUUAAAAUGGAAAAAAUAUAUGGUUAUAGGGGAACUUAAAGGGACACUCUGGGCACGAAUAUAACGUUAAUGCAUUUGAUACAUUUUGGCUUAAUUAAUAUGCUGUCCUGAACUUCCCAUUUCCUUAAAUUCACUGUUCAGUAAAUAGUAUCCCUCACCAGUGAAUUCCUGCGGUGCAUUACAUAAUGUACUGUGAUAUUUAAUACAGGGCCUUGUUGCAGAAAUUGCACAAUAACAAUAAUCUUUACAUAACAACACUACUCACAGCACAACAUGCCCAUGGGACACUGUGCGCACUCUGUACACACAAACCCGGAAGCCAGCAGCCAGAGCGAGGCUUGGAACGCACAGCUCCCGGUGACGUAGCACGCAGGGCCCUGCUGUUUGUUCGGCUCUGCUCAGGGGAGAGAGUGAGGAUACCCACAGGGGAGCAUAGUGUCCUACCGGCAGCCGCUGGGAGAAGGAGGUGAGGAGCAGGACUGGAGCCUGUGUGAGGGAGGGAAUGGCUGUCUGUGUAUAGUACGGGGAGAGGAGGGCGGCUGGCUGCCUGUCUGCCCCAUUGCUGGGCGCCGGGAAACUGUCAGUGACAGGGCUGACAUGCUGGGCUUGCCAGAGCCACCAUGGUUUCCAUGAUAAUCCUCACUUGCACACAUUGGGGGAGGAUACAGAGUGCCCUCUUGUAUGUAGAAUUCAAACUCUGCACAUAGGAAAUCAACUUAUUGAGGAACGUUGCAGCCUAUGAAUGCUGCAUACAGCCUAUGAAUGCUGCAUACAGCCUAUGAAUGCUGCAUACAGCCUAUGAAUGCUGCAUACAGCCUAUGAAUGCUGCAUACAGCCUAUGAAUGCUGCAUACAGCCUAUGAAUGCUGCAUACAACAGGGCAGGACUUUUCAUGUGCUGACUAUCAAUAUGUGUCCAGGGUUAUGUGAGGGAUAUGGCAAUCUUAAUUAGCAUGCAAUAUAUAUAUAUAUAUUAUACAACCAAGAGAUUCACGGAGGCAAUUGAGGUCUGACAAUACAAGGACGUGAUGAUAAAUCCUUUGUACAGCGCUACGGAAUUUGCUGUCGCUAGAUAAAAUAAUAUUAAUAAUGAACAGCGGGUAUACAUUGCUAAUAAUUGAUUUAAAAAAAAAAAAAAAAAGGCAUCCACGUUUUCUGUAAGGUUGUACAGCGAGUUAUCGGUUUCACAUGAUGCUCAGCCACUGAGCUGAGAUUCCACAAGGAGAUUCAGGGUGGCGAUUGAAGCCCAGGCCAGGCCUGACGAUACAAGGACGUAGAGAUAAAUGAUCAGCGGGUAUACGUUGCUAAUAAUUAAAAAUAAAUAAAUAAAAAGGCUCCAUCAUAUUCUGUAGCAUUGUACAGGGUCUUAUCGCUCCCACUUCAACCAUUUCCCUUGAUGCUCCGCCACUGAGAGUCAUAUUAUAUUGUAGUUCACAACUACUACAGUGUCAAAGUUAUCCAUAAAUGUUCUGUAAAGAAAUGGUGUCAUGCGCAAUAUGACAUAGCGGAUUUCUUGCCACUCUACAAAUUGUGCUGGGCUAUGCCUCUCUGCUCUGGUUCCAGUGUUAUAUCAUCCUGUGUAUGUUACAUGUCAUACAGUCUUAAGAGCAUAACACAUUUGUUCUCCUUAGGAUAAAAUUAUAUAUCAAAUUUAAGUGGUGACCCAGCUUGACAUAAUGUUUAUUAUAAAAAUGUUUUUUAUAAACACAGACCUUAAAUCAAAUGGAGGAGCAGAAUAAAAAGCACAAAGGAAAAAAACCAAUCUGUGUUUGUCUAUGUAAUUUUUUAGUUUAAUUUGUUUGUGCUUUAUAUUUUAAUCCUCAUUUUAUCCUGGACUGUCACUGAUUUUAAAUAUUUUAAAAUGUUAGGUGGGUUAAUUGUAGGUAUAUCUUUAGCCUGAAGGAGUAUCUGUACAUUGUUUUAUUAAGUUUGUUGGCUGAUUCCAUGUUAACAAUACACAAUAAUGUGUUCUAACACCCUGUUGUUGGCCAGUGAUCUUUUCUGUUUAUUUGCUAUCAUACUAACACUGUUCAUGGCAAUUUUUUACAUUUUUAUUCUGUAUUGAUUAUUUUCUCAGUUAAGACGCAGAUUAACAUCAUUUGGGUUUAUUCACUGAAGUGAGAGUUGCAGGGAAGUGCGAGUUCAAAGUGAAUUUCAGAAUUUAGACCCCCAAAAAAGUAAUUUCUGGUUUUGGUUUGGCUAUUUUGACCUUAAAUUUUCAAUUCACUUUGCAUUCCCAACAGGUCUCAAUAACAGUUCAUUGAUUUUUACAAUUUAUUUUUCUUAAUUGCGAAAUACUCACAUAAAAUCAUUAUUGUUUUAAAUAGUGAUUUUGUUGAGCUUUGUAUUGUUUUAUGCAUGUAGUUGCAUUCUCCUCUAAAACCACAAUAUAUAUUAGGGAUCGACCGAUUAUCUGCCGAUAUUCCAAUUUAAAAAAAAUUUUUUUUGUAAGUAUCGGUAUCAGCCGAUAAUCACUGGCAAUACCAAUAAUGAAUGAGUGGGCUGGCACGUCCAUAAGACUGCACAAGCGGCCGCCUUAGGGUGCACCAACAGAGGGUUGCUAGAUCAGAGGGACCGGCAGGAGGUGGUAAGGAACACUAUGGGGGGGAGGGGUGGUGGUAAGGAACACUAUGGGGGGGAGGGGUGGUGGUAAGGAACACUAUGGGACAGGGAAGGGGGAGUGAAGGGACAUUAAGGGAGGACACUAAGGUACAGGGGAGGGAAGGGAAAAUGAACACUGGGGUAGGAGGGGGACCACUAAAAGAGAAGGGAGAGGAACAGGGGGCACUAAGAGACAGGUAAGGGGAGGGGAGUUCCUACUGCACAUAUUUACACACACACACACACGCUGCAAACACUACACAAAAAAAAAUACAGAAAACAAAUCUGACGGGCAUGUAAGUGUUGUGCAUUUACCACUUAAUAAAAAAAAAAAAAUUAGCAAAAAAAAAAACAUGUUACAGAAUACCGGUAAGCUAUCGACCUAAAAGUUCACAAAUUAUCGGUAUCUGCUCAAAAAAAAAUCAAUAUCCGUUGAUCCCUAAUAAAAAAAUAUAUAUAUAUUUAAUAACCUGGGUAAGUUAAGGGAAUAUUGAGGGUAUAUAUUCUUAUGGAUUUGAUUUGCAAGCUCAUCCUGAUGAAAGUCUGUGAUACAGACUGAAACGUUGAUUUUUAUUUUGAGCUAAUAAAAGCUAAGUUUUAUUCAUUCAACUUGGAAGUCCCUGGAGUGCUAUCUUGUACUUUUGGCUGUAUCUGUUUGCUGAUAAGCACCGGGCAAGUACAUCAAGGAAGGUGGAGUGCAUUACUAUUUUUGUUAUAUAAAACUUUGCAGUGUUUUUUUAAACAAAUUGUGCUAUUUUAAGGGUUACCUUGGUCUCACUGAGUUAUUUAUAGGUGUGUGCGGUUGCGUGUGCUUUUGGUUUCAUUUCCAUAACGUUUAUUCACCAUUGAGUGGCAAGGUCCUGUUCACUGACUCAUUGACCAAUGCUAAAAUCACAUAUACAGUGUAAAGGCCAUACAAUAACUUUUUUGUCUCACUUUAUGACUGAUCUAAGAAAUAAUUGCAAUUGUCAUGAUUACAGUGCAGUUAUAGCAGGAUCUUCUGUAGUGGCACACAUUUUAUUUAUGUUUUAUUGUUUGUUUUUUAACUUUUGUUGAGGAAUUAUUUCCUAUUGUUAAGAAUUCAUAUUGGUGAUCAGGUAAAGUGUCGUUGCUUUACUCACAUUCAUGCUGACUAUUUCUUAUGAAUCAUGUCAACCACGAGCCACCCAUUCCCAGUUUAGAUUAUAUCGUACUAAAAAUACAUGUAUUGUAUCCCCAUGUUAUUACACAGUUUUGACAAAUCCAGGAUGCAGAGAGCAAUGACUCAGAAAAAUGUUUGUACAUUUUAGAGCAUUUUACAUUUACUUUAGGAAUGUAAAAAUACUAGUUUGAGUACAGAGCUAUUUGUUCUAGACAAGCUAGUUUUCAGUCUGUUGUAACACAACGUUUGUUGUUGAACAAUUUGACAAACUAACCAGAAUAAAAGAUUAGAAAAAAAGUAAUUCACAAAAGUAAAUUGGGUGAGCCAAAAUAGGGGCAGUUGAAACCUUUUUGGGUUUUUCAUCAAAGGCAUCCAGGUGUAUUAAAUGAUAUGCAAGUUUAUUAAUCAUGCACAUUGGAGCUAAAACCAUAAUGCUUGGUAAAUUGACAUAAUUUUAAAAAUGGAUAGUGUGUAGUUAGAACAAUACAAGAGAUGGAGAUUAACUUUUUAUCUGAUAUAUUUUUAUUUUUAAUUGGGGGGAGAGGGGGAGCUGACUAUAUUUUGCAAUAUGGAUUGUCUGCUAAAACCACAGUAAAAAGACACAGUAUACACCCUUCUAAUAUGUAAACAUAGAUAGUAAAGUCCGGCAUAGACGAAACAUAAAAAACGUGAAUGAGGGUACCAAUGGCUACAACAUUUGAAAAGCAAAUCACUCCAGAUGUAAUAAUGGCAGAAAAGUCAGGAGUCCAUGGAGUUUACCAUAAAAUUCUUUAUUCAACCCUGUAGAGUUACAUUUAAGAUGUUGAAAUGAUUUUUGAAUGAAACACGUAAAAUUGCGAUAUUUUGCUGAUCCUUUUCACUACUCUCCGUCACAGUGGUGCUUUGCUACUUGGUAUUUUGAUAUAAUUUUUUUUUAUUUUUUUUUAAAUGUAAUCCUAUGGGUGCGAAUAAAAAAUGACACAUUUUUAUGGUAAACUCUGUGGCCGCCUACAUUUUCUGCCAUGUCUCCUCGACUCAUCAGAACAUUCUUUCUAACUUUCAUAAAUUAUUUAUUGCGUCAUCCUUAAUGAUGCAAGUUCCAACUAAAGGCUUGUUUAUGCUUCUCCCUUCACAUUUGAAUUGAAGCAAUCCAUGUUUGUUGAUCUGCCACUAGGCUAUAACCCCACUACAGUGUAUGAUAAACGUAGCUGCCAGAUAUCUCCAUUUACACACUAUUUUGUACAAAUAACACCUUGCUGGUACAUUGUCUUCUUCUAUUGGUUUAGUAUUGAAUUUACCCUCCUGUGAACUUAAUUUAACACCUAUCCCAUAGAGCAGGGGUUGUCAACCUUUGGCACUCCGGGUGUUGUGGACUACGUCUUCCCCGAGGCUUUGACAGCAUUGUAGGAGAUUGAGUUCAUAACAUCUGGAAAGCCGAAGGUUUCCUACCCCUACUUUAGAUGAUUUUUAAAGAAAGCAACAUCCUUUCAUAAUGCUAUGCAUAGUCCUACUAGGCUUUUAUACUCUUGUCCUGUAAGAAGUCCCUAAAACUGAUCUAUUUGGGAAGGCUUACAAGACAAGUCUUCUAUACCCCUCCAUCUCUGCCUCACCUCCCACAACCGGCCCUUCCAUAAUCCAUUUUCACCCCAUCUCACCAUACUUUCCACUUUACAGUUGCACUGCAUAUCUCAUGACUUUUAUCCAUAUGUUUAUUCAGGUAUGGACAUCUUACAUGGUGAUUUCUCUUCCUUUUUUUAGAUGUUUCUAUUUAUGUCUUGGUUCAUACUUUAGUUUCCCUAGAUUACAAGCAGAGCCCUCCUCGUGUUUCAUUUAUGUUCAUCUUAACUUUUGUCACCCAUGUGUUUUCAUAUACCCGUUAUACAGAGCCUUUGAAUAUAUUGGUAUUAAAUAAAUAGAGCUUUUAAUUAUUCAUUUGCUUGACUAGUGUUAUAUUUUGAUAUUGCUACAUCCAGCACCCACUAUAUCUCUCUUAAUAUUCUCAAUAAUGUAAGGUAGUGCAAGCUGCUUUAAGUUACUGCAACUGUCAGAGGUCGUGGGGGACUUAUAUUAUGCACAUAUCAUACAACCACUUGUUACAGGCACGUCAUGAGUAUAAUGAUGGAAUUUCAGUGAAAUAACAGCACAGUCAAGAGAUCUACUGAGACAAAGUAGGGACUAUUUUGUCUCAGUAGUUGUCCUACGCCUGACACUUCUUUCUAGACACUGGAUGGGACUGCAGCCACCCAGAAGUGUCAUUUCCCCAGCAAGUAUUUAGCUAUGGAGGAUCCCGCUGUGUCACAGGAUCUUCCAUAGACUUCAUUGCUUUACUCAUGAGCGAGAGUUCACCAGUAAUGUCGCUUCCUGGUGCUUAAGUAGAAGAGGAUCGGCUGGAAGAAGACCGAAAAAAGGUGGACUAAAACAUUCUUCUUUAGAAACAAUAAAAACGUAUCACCACAAAGUGAAUGUGUUUAGUGAAUACAAAGUAUGAAUUAUACUUAUCUUAACAAUAAAUGAAACAGCCUCCCCAGGUCAUUACCCAGACAGAAUGACCUUUACUCAGCAUUAUAGAAAAACCAAAAACGUUUGGGAUAUUGCUUUGAAAUCUAAAAAUAAGGAACAAAACAAAUAUAUAGUGUAAUACAGUUUGGUAAGCAAUUAUGCGCUCAAUGAAAUGCACUCACAGGAUAUGAAUGGUAAUAGCGCUCAAGGGUGCCUCUCCCGAUAUUGUUGGGGGGCUCUCUUUCUCCCUCCUGUUGAUCUGGUAGGGUGGAUGUAAAACAGGACUUCAGUAGGUGGUUAAAAAAAGGUCAGCAGCUUUAUUGGGAGGUGAACAAUCACCCAUAAAUGAUAAAAUAUAAACAGCAAAGGUCCUACGCGUUUCAUUCCAAGUACUGGAACUUCCUCAGGGACCAUACAAGUUAAAACCAAAUACAAAUAAUAACAAUAUGAAAGCAGCCUAUUUCCCACCACCCCCCACACCUAAUAAUCCCCUUAUAUAGGGCUACUCCCUGGGUCCAUUGGUGGAUCCAUGGGUGUUUCCAUUAUUCCUCUCUGUUAUUGGUGUGAUGGCCGGUCUUAUUCAGCUGUUGUAGUUUUCUUAUUUUCAUUUCAUCAUGAUCACCAUUGCUUGCAUCUGCGAUCAGCCGGAACCAGAAGUGCGGGCGACACAAUACUUCUGCGUUCCACAAUCUCAUGCGUUCCGAUGAGAUCACAUUUGCGAUCAGCCGAAACCGGAAGUGUAAAUGGCAUAACACUUCCGCGUUCCAAAUGAGAUGGUAUUAGGAUAUGUAGCUGUGGCCCCCUGUUGGUUGCCAGUAUAAUAAUAAACAGAUAGCAAUGUUUAUGAAAGAAACGAAGUGUGGUACAGAUCUAUUAAGAGGCUCAGCUUGCUGGACAGCUACCUGGUCCUUCAUUCACACUUUCUCAAAAUACUAAAUAGACAUAGAGACCUCUUAGGAUUCUGUUUUUGGGCGCAAGGUGCUUCAAGCAAUGCUAAAAUAACGGGGAUUGCUUGGUUAUCAGUGUUGUUGCGCAUUGCCUCUAAUUUGGAGGGGAAAAAACACAUUUUACUUAUUGUAAAUUUUAUUUUUCCUUAGGAUUAGAGGAAGUUCACGUUUCCCUUUCUACUUAAUAAAAAUGUUUGCAGUUACUUGGCUUGUAUAUUUUCUAGGGUUUCUAAGUUGGUUUGGGAAUAUUAUGCAGGCAUACCCCCACUUUUAAGAACACAAUGGGACCAGAGCAUUUAUGUAAAACGAAAAUUCACUUCCCAAUGCAUUGCAAUAGUCAUUUAUAGGCAUAACUAAUAUAAGAAAAUACAAUUAUUUUUUUUCUCUUCUGGUUUUCCUGCCACAUAGUUAAUUUUCUCUACAAAAAAAUGUGCUUUACAUACAGUAAGACUGCAAGGAUUGCUUUGAAAGCUGGAAGUAAGAUAUCAGUUUAAGCCAUAAAGCUGGAGGGUAAGAGGGGUGAAUUUGCAACUACUAGUCUCAAGGUGAAAACAGCCAGAGGGUUUUCUGGAAAAAAGUGCCUUAAAAAGAGAGACAAAGGCAAAAUUAUUCUCUUCUUUUAACCUGAAGAGCUGGGUAAUUAUUCAUAAUGAUUUGCUAUUGUAUUUACGCCGUUUUUAGUGAGUGUCACAAUAGUAAGUUCAAAAUAUUGCGAUAGUUGAUCACUUUGUAGGUUAAAGGAGCACAAUAGAGCCAGGAAAACAAACUUGUUUUCCUGAUACUAUGGGGUUAUUAGGUCCCCCAUUCCUUUAAGGCCCCCCUCCAGCUGGGCUGAAGGGGUUAAGACCCCUUUCAGCCACUUACCUUAAUCCAUUGCCGGGCUCCCUUGGAUGCUGGUGACCUCUCCUCCCCCGCCGACAUCAGCUCCCCAGUGGAACCGCAUGCACAUUCAAACCACCUAUAGGAAAGCAUUACUCAAUGCUUUCCUAUGGACGUCCAGCGUCACCUCAGUGUGAUUAUCACACUGAGAAUCGCGGAAGCAGUGUCUAGUGGCUGUCAGGUAGACAGCCACAAGAGGCUGGAUUAACCCUCAAUGUAAACAUAGCAGUUUCUCUGAAACUGAUAUGUUUACAGCUACAGGGUUAAAACUAGGGCGACCUGGCACCCAGACCACUUCAUUGAGCUGAAGUAGUCUGGGUGCCUAUAGUGGUCAUUUAAGGGUGGGUCAGGUGAAUUUGUUUUUAUAUAUUAUGAAUCUCGGGUUUACUUAUUAAAGUGUGACUUGUGGAGAAAGAAAGCAGGAACUAUGAGAGAAGAAAGUAUUAGUCCAAUUUAGCCGAACACAAAAGGUAUAGGCAGUUUUUCCUAAUAUGUGUAAGUACUCACCUUGCCAACUAGGGUAAAACAGCAGCCCACAUUAACAGUCCUCUGGAGCAAGGCCAGAGCAAGCAAGUCUCUGAGUAAACAUAUUGUCAUCAAUACAGUCAUGAUGGCUCCCAGUGAAUUCACAUGAGCAUGCGGGGGACUCGCGAGUGUACGUAAAGUGAUGGUUCGUAAAGCGGUGUAUGCCUGUAACUUGUUGGAAGGAGUCUUAGGAGGAGCUUAAUGUUUAAAGUUCUAGUGUGUUGCCUGCCUUUUCCUGCCAAGACAUAGUGGAUAUCCCUGUUGUUGUGCACUGCCUCUAAUCCUAAGGAAAAUAAACAAUAGUAAAUAAACAAUGGUAUGUAAAAAUGUUUUUGUAUACCAAGCCAGUUCAAGCCAGGCUUAGCCAGAGCAACCAUUGCAAUAAGAAGGAUUUAUAGAAAUAUAGUUUAAUUUCUGCUCUUUUCUGUGCUGACUGCCUGGUACAAGGGACAGAGUUUACAACCAUGAUUGGCAUGGAGGUACCCUGGGUUGUGGAUAUUUACAUUUAGUUUUAUUUUAUCACACCUCACAAACGCAUAUUAAAUAUAAGACGUUGAUGAGCAUAUUACUAUUAAAAAAAUUUUUUUUUUUUUUAAAGUGACGUUUCUUUAAAUAGAAUUUCACUCAUCGGAUUUCAUUGUUUAAUCUUGAUUGAAUGGAACACUGUGUAUUAAAUUUGUUAAUAAAAGUAAUGUUGUGCAGGCCACACCUAAAGAAUGUUCUGGCAUGGUUUGUUGCUUCUUGCAUAACAUGUUAUUUAUAAAAAGAGGAAUUAAAUACUACAUGACAAAUUAAAUUUCCUUCUACAAAAAACUAAAUGUUGUAAAUAUCUGGCGCUCCUGGACCAGAAUACACUUUUUUUUGUGAAGCGCACCUUUCAAUGUGUGUAUAUUUUUCGCAAUGACCAGUUAUGCAAUUAUGCUUGCUGCAUGUGGCAAGUUGGUUAUUCCAAUAUGGAAGAAGACCUUGCGAAGUCCUGCAUUUCCAGAUUCCAAUUUGGGCUCGCCUGUUGUUGCAUACUAAUGAGUCAGCAGGGAGUAUUCCCUAAACAUAGAAUUGUAUUGAAUUGAAAAUCGAAUUGCAGAGUUGAGGCUUAUGUAGACAAUCAUAGACCAUGUUUCUAGUUUCUUUUUUUGCUUCCAAUUUUAAAAUGUUUUGUUAAUUACUACAAUUCCUGCAUUAGUGAAUAUACUCCUAUAGUGUGACAUUCCUCUAUGUUGGAUAUAGAAUGCAGGCAGAUUUGUUUAUUAUUUAGUUUGGCUAAUGUCAUUGUUGACAUUUAUAAUUAUAUAACUUGGGGAUAGCUUAGGUAGUAGUUAAGUGUUCUGUUUGUUUUGUUUUUUUAACUUAUAUUACUUGGGCUUGCAUUGCAUCAGUUUAAUAUUUUUUUAAAUUUUACAAAUAAUAUUUUGUACAUGUUUAAUUUUUUUUAUUUUUUUUUUAAAUUACCAGCUCGUAAAUACACACUAUACAAAUGGAUUAUCUAUAUCACAAGACAGAUUUUUGUAUAUGUCUGUAAUUUACACUUCCUCCGCGUUGUGGUUUUUCAGCUGACCUCUUAGUUUCUAGUGCUGAUCAUGACAUAUAAGCAUCGAUUACUUGACUUAUAAAAUGGUCAGAUGCUAAAACAGGAAAUUGAUGUUUCAUCUUUAAUGUCUUCUGGACAUAUUUUCAACCAUGUUAAAAUAAAUAAAAAUGAACUAUUGGUAUUUUAAAUUUUUUUUUUUUUGUCAUACAAGGUCUAUUAAGCAACCCCCAUCCCCAAAAUGUUUAUUAAAAUUAGUAUUCGUACUUGACUAAAAUCCCUGGCUUUUUACUUUUAAUACCUAAAAAUGUCAGCUGAUCGUAGGAGUAUCCUAAGGGGAACUUGUUGAAUCAACUAAACAUUUUCCAUUCUUUCUCAAACAUUUCCUAGAGAGAGAUAAGAUUACUACCCCUUUUUUUUUUUUUUUUUUUCCCCUGUGGUCAAAUGGAACCUUAAAUAAUGGUUAAGUCUUUAACAGGAGUAUAGAUUAUUUUUGCUUUUUCUGCUAGUUUAUAAUUUUCAUUUAUUUAGAUUUAAAUUGCAGGUUGACCUUUUUCCCAAAUACUGUGCUUUAUUUAAAAUUUUGGAAAUGGCUGUGGCAAAAUUCCAUAAUUAUUAUUUUUUUUUUUUAUUCUCCCCUUUAGCCAUGUUUUCCACAAAUGAAGUUCUAAAUGUAUAACAUGAUUAGAACAUUUUAUUGUUUCAGCAAUGAGAUACAAAAAGAACCGAACAUUUAAAAAGACCUUAUAGGCACUCAGACCACUUUCUCAUUGAAGUGCACUGGGUGCAGUGUUCAUUUCCCUCUAACCCUGCAAUGUAAAAUAUAUUUAGGGAUCCUAGAACACGAUUUCCCUACACUGCCAUGGUAAACUAUUAUUCCAUGGAUUUCUGCAUGCUCUUAAUGUCUAUCUAUGGAAGAGACUAUUUUACACAAUUUACAACCAAACUUUUUUAUAUUUACCAAGUAGCCAUUUAAACUUGUCCAUUAAUGGUACCUUGUUCAAUAAAGUUGAUUGAAAAUGUAAAAUGUCCUUAAUAAAUAAAAUCUGUAUAAAAAAAAAAAAUACAUGUGAUCAUUAGAACGUAGUUGCUAUGGUGAGUUCUCUUCCCUACCAUAAAAGGUGCAGAAUGUGCUCUGCAAUUUUAUGCAAGUUUACAGUUCUUAUGAAAUUAUCUAGUUGUCCAAGUUGCAGCAGGAAACCGAAACCAUUCCCCUCUGGGAAUAUGUAAAAAAAAAAAAAAUUUAAGUGCUGACCAGAGCCAAGACUAAAUAUAAACAUAGCCAAGUAAGACACACCCUAUUGCUUAUACAUUUAUGAAGCUUUUGUUAGAGCAGCAGUUUUCUUUAUUUUGUGUAUAUUUACAGAACGCAGAAGAAAAGGCUGCUGGUAUAAUUAGAAUAUAUAGUUAUGUUUACUUUUAUCGAGUGACCUGAGAGAGGAAAAAAUGGUUUGUACAGCAAAUAGAAGUAAAAGGGACACUGUAGGCACCCAGACCUCUUCAGCUAAUUGAAAUGGUCUGGGUGCUGUGACCCUUUUGCACUUAGUGCUGCAAUGUAAAACACUGCGUUUCCAGAGAACUGCAAUGUUUACAUUGCAGCUCUAAGUCAGCCCUCUGUGGCUGUCAGACACAAUAGACAGGCACUAGAGGGCUUCCGGAAUCGAAACGGACUUUUGGUCUGUUAUCUGAUGCUGGAUUGAAUAAUGCUUUCCUAUGGGGAGGUCUAAUGUGUGCGCGGAUGCACAUUUGGCCGCGCAUGCACAUUUGGUCUCCCCGGCGUGGGAAGGAGCGUGUGCAGAGCCUGAACCAGCGCUAAGGGACGUCAGCGCUGGAUUCAGGUAACAGGCUGAAGGGAUUUCAACCCCUUCAGCACCAUAGGAGAGGGGCCCUGACAGAGGGGGAGGAGGGCGGGGGGCACUAUUAACUCUAUAGUGCCAGGAAAACAGGUUUGUUUUCUUGGCACUAUAAGAUCCCUUUAAGUGUGUUGGGAGGGGGGUGGAGGGGGGCGGAAGGGUGUCACUUUCAAACAUAGGAUAUCUUCUUUAUGAUAAAUUAUUUACUGCUUAGGAGCUGUUGGAUUAUGUUGAUCCUUGUGUGUCGUUGGUAUUUUGCUUGGCAUUGUUUGAGAGCAAGUACAUACACAUAAGAGAGACUGAUCUAUUCAAUUGUGCAUGAUAUCCCCACUUUAAAUCAGUGUGCUCAGUUGUAAAAGGCCAUUCUAAUUUUGGCAGAACUAAGGCCUGGAAAUAAUGCUUAUGUUAUCCAUUGAUUUCCCUACUACAGAAAUAAGAUGAGCCUGAAGUCGGAGCGCAGAGCAAUCCAUGUCGAUCAAUCAGAGUUACUGUGUAAAAAGGGAUGUGGAUAUUAUGGGAACCCGGCCUGGCAGGGAUUCUGCUCCAAAUGCUGGCGGGAAGAGUAUCAGAAAGCACGGCAGAAGCAAAUCCAAGAAGACUGGGAACUUGCUGAACGGUAUAUGUUUUAUCGUUUUAAUUUUUAAGUCUGAAAAAUCUUUAGCAGUUAUUUUAUUUUUUAGUAAUUUUUUUUUCCCUUCAGAUGAAGGAUACUCAGAAACUUUCAGUAAUGUUUGAAUUUAGAGUACUGGUGGUUAACCUUAUAGUUCAGAUGUUCUGCAACUGAUAGAAGUGAUGUUACAGCCCCAUAUCUCCAUUAUUCUCUGCUCUCCAUUACUCUUUCAUUGAGAUACAGCUUCAUUUGUUUUUUGCUUGUUGGCUUAUUGAUUACUUUAUGCUGGGGCCAGAUAUUCGUAUUUAGAACUGCAGAGUUGAACAGAGUGCUCUGAAAUGUUAUUUUUUGUUCUUUGAGUUAUCUUAUUCUAUUGCUUUAUUUAUAGAAGUUGGAUACUACUAAUUCUACAUUUCACCGCAAAAUAUAGCAAUUAUUAUUCCUUGUUGAAAGGAGACAGUUUACCAUUAAUAUGUUUGCAAAUUAUACAGGGUCACUUUGCAAUGGGAAUGAGAAUUGAGCAAUGAUAUUUCAGGGGCAUGAUCUAUACACCAAAACUAUUUCAUUAAGCUAAAGUUGUUUUGGUGACUAUAGCUUCCCUUUCAGAAAUUCUCUUAAUUUUUCUCCUCUAAAUGAUGAACUCCUCGUUACUUUUAUCUGCUGUAGAUAAUCUGCAGUUUAAUAAAACAGCUAUUUAUCAACUUUUAUCAAAUCCUAUAUUCUUUGCCCUCUUCUUACUUUUCAUAUUAAACAAUACUUUGACCUUUUGUCUCUUGAGCUCUUAAACCUGAUCAAUAUAUGGUAAUCCUUGUGAUACCAUCCAUGGGCAAGAUUAAUUUUUACUGGGCUUAGUGAGUUUAAGGUGGACUUAUAAAGUGAAGAUUGACCUUUGAUGUGUGACUUUUGUAGCUUACAGCGGGAAGAAGAGGCGGCAUAUGCAAGCAGUCAAGGCGCCCAGGGAGGGCAAUCUUCGCUUACCUUCUCCAAGUUUGAGGAAAAGAAAUCCAGUGAGAAGGCUAGGAAAGUAACUACAGUCAAAAAAUUCUUUACAGGCUCAUCCAAAACACUACCUAAGAAAGGUAAACCCUGUGAAUGCAUUAACGAGAUGUGACCAUGUAGGUCAAUGUGAGAAAAAAAAAAAAACACAAUUGGCAGUGCACUCGAGGUCUUGAGAUGCAAAUCUUUAAUCUUUGUUUUUCAAAUGCUUAACAUGUCAACUUUUCAGUCCCAUGCUGGACUUUUUUCAAUUAUAUUUUGGCUCAGAGUUAAGCACCAGGGCACCUACAAUACAGAGAUACUGUGAGUGCCAGGCUCCUGCAAUUUAUAUUUAUACAUGAAUAUAUUGUUUAUCGUAAUGUAUACAUCAUUACAGUAAUACAAAACGUGCCACCACGCUGUCUGUCUGCAUUGCAAAAGCCUAAAACCAAACGUGUGUGUUGUCCUCCUAAAUGAACAGAGAUAAAUAACUAUUAUUGCCAUCAUUUAGAAUGCAAUUCCUUAUUAUUGAGUAAAUGUUCCAGGUGCAAUAUGUCUUGAACAUGUCAAACCUAGUGUCAGUGGUUUGAUUCCUGGUAGUGCAAGCUAAUGUGUUGCCAAAUUGUAAAAAAAACAUACAGAACAAAAAGUUAAAACUCAGAUUACAAUAUCUUUUUAUUACCAAGCUAUUAAAAUGGCUAGAAUUAUGAACACAGUGUUGAGCUAUGGAUACAUAGGUCUGGGUAUAUGGGGUAUGGGACUAGAGGGAUUAAAGCGGUUCAAGCCCAAAUGGGGGAAAUUUGUCUAAAAAGCUGCAAACUACUUAACUAUUAAAGUGCCUGUGUUGAUCAAUAAACACAAUACAUUUUUUUUCUUUAAAAACAUUUGUACUCAUAUUAUUUUUCAGCUUUCUCUUAUUCCUAAAUUAAAUUCUUUCCUUAUACCAUUGCCCUAUUUACGAACCAUCCCACUUGCCAUAUAUUGUGAAUGCUCUGCUCCUGCCUUGCUCUACCUUCAAUCUCCCUUUUUUGUUUAACCCCCUGUGGCUGCCUGGCUGGCUUGCUUCCUGAUUUUAUUUCAGCGUUUGAAGAAAAGCCUAGCAAUCCAGUACAUGUGGGCAGGGAGCCCACUGCAGAUCUUCUCAGGGAUUUGAAAUGGUUUUUUGUUCCUCCUUGGGAGCUAUCCUCCCCUGCGGAAGGUAAUGCAGAAUAGUGUGCACUGUGAGCUUGCUUUUGCACGGUGUUGGUUUUCUAUAGAUUAGCUGCAGCUGCUAGUUGUGGUCCUUAACCUAGUCUCUGCAUUAAAGGAACACUAAAUAAAGCAGUUUUAGUGUAUAGAUCAUUCCUCUGCAAUUUCACUGCUCAAUUCACUGUCAUUUAGGAGUUAAAUCACUUUGUUUCUGUUUAUGCAGCCCUAGCCACACCUCCCCUGGCUAUGAUUGACACAGCCUACAUGAAAAAAAAACUGGUUUCACUUUCAGACAGAUGUAAUUUACCUUAAAUAAUUGUAUAUCAAUCUCGAAAUUGAACUUUAAUCACAUACAGGAGGCUCUUGCAGGGUCUAGCAAGCUAUUAACAUAGCAGGGGAUAAGAAAAUCUUUAUUAAACAGAACUUGCAAUAAAGAAAGCCUAAAUAGGGCUCUCUUUACAGGAAGUGUUUAUGGAAGGCUGUGCAAGUCACAUGCAGGGAGGUGUGACUAGGGUUCAUAAACAAAGGGAUUUAACUCCUAAAUGGCAGAGGAUUGAGCAGUGAGGCUGCAUGGGCAUGUUCUAUACACCAAAACUGCUUCAUUAAGCUAAAGUUGUUCAGGUGACUAUAGUGUCCCUUUAAAGCAGCAUUACCUCUAGGUUGUUUGUCAUGUAUGUGAGAAAAUAACUUUAUAUUAUGCAAAAUGUUUACAAAUGUCUUAUGUGCAAUAUUUUUACAUGGUUUUAUUUAAUCAUGUAUUGCUGCUUUAAUGCAGUAGUGCAGUAUAUAGUGCUGUGUUUUUUUUAAAUAUAAAGAUUGUAGAAGUGGUAACCCAUCUCUAGAGGUGCCACACAGGAGGGUUUGUUCAUUAGAACUGCAAAUUUUAGGCCCACUAUAGCAGAAUUGGAAAAGAUUUGCCUGCUUAGCUCUUUAAGCCUUAACGUUGAUUUUCCUUAACAAUUCACCACAAUUCAGUUUAUUGAAUAAAUCCUUAUAUCGCUAAUGGGUGUCUACAGAGGAAUUGGCUAUAAUGUUUCACUACUAAUUGCCUGAUCUGAAAUGGACAAAUUAUGGACAAAAAGGGAUUAUCAUAGACAUUGAUGGUGAUAGAGCAGUUCCCCUUGUAUGGAUCAAAUUAUAAGUAAUAUUCUACUUUUCCCCAUGCUAACAUGACAGACAAUCUCUGCAUAAAUAGACAAUUGAGAUAAAUAUGUACUUUAAUGGGCUAUAAGGCUUUAUCUGCAACUGGGACACAUUCUGAAACGCACACCAGCAGUGAAAUUUGUCCCAGCAAUCAAGGCCUGAAAAACUUGUCCUGCACUUAAAUACCCGAUCCACUCCUGGUUCACCUUCACAGUCCUAUCAUUAAAAAUCCAGAAACCUUAAAAUAUACUGGUAUGGGAUUCAAGAGUUCACCAGGAAUAUUCCAACUUAUAUCAUUCUCACUGUAUACCUUGUUGCUUGGUCUGGCAUUGUACCCAUUUGGUAUCUUAAACUAUGGCUUGCAACCCCAUAUGACAGGUAGUAGUGCCAUUUUGAGGAUCGAAGUAGAGCCAAAAAUAUUGUAGCAUUUCUACUAUAAAUGUAAUGCUGCACCCUGAAUACAUCUGAAAUGAAUCUAUGUUUUAAAUCUCUUAUUUGAUUUAUUGUUUAAACUGAUAAACAAGACCUCACAAUCAUAAAGCUUCAUUGCCCACAGUGAGUAUCAUGUAACAGCACUGCCUUAUUCUAUAUAACAAAAGAAUAUAAAAAUAAUUAACCGUUUUUCAGUUACCCCUUGCAUAUUUUAUGUCAUGUUAUUAGUGCUGUAAUGUGUUGUUUUAAUAGUCCCUUUCAUAUUGCACUUGUUUCAAGGAAAUUAAGUUUACGUCCAGCACAGGGUAUUCUCUUGGCAAUCCUAAAUCUUUGCAAAUCGCCAAAGUCCCAUUUUUUUCUAAAAGCUAGCUGUUCUUGUAUUUUUGGCAUUAUUACACAAAUGCAAUCAUUAGAUAUUUUGUCAGAUUUUAGGAAAUAUUAAAAUGUGUGUUCUGUUACUUUUGCAAGUUGGGGAAGGGAGUGGGGAGUUGUUUUUUUCCUUGUUUUUUUUUUCAUUAUUUUUUUUUAAAUGAAUGAAUUUUUAUAUAAAGUGCAAACACAUUUCACUGAUCCGUACAGUGCCUAACAUCAUAUUCUGAAAUAUAUUGCAUUUCAUCUCCCCCUCAUUUUCUGUAUGUGUAUUCCAAAAUACUCUCAAAUAGUUUUUUGGAUAAACUCCCGCAUUCCCAAAUGGUUUAAAUGCAAUUGAUUCCACUGCAUACCUUUCCCUAUGAACGGCAGUUCUUCCCUUUGGUAUCAGUGAUUAUUUAUUGUGUUACAGUAGUGAAAACAAUAUUUUUGGACCAAGAGAUGUUCUUUCUUAACUUGCCCACUCGCAUAUUACGGAGUGUGUCAUGCUUGUAGCCACGUACAAGUUUAUAAAUGUUUUCACUUGUAAGCUAUAAAUUGCUGUGAAGGAGAUUUAUUCUCCAUAAUGGAUGACCGAAAAUGUAAUCAAAACUCAAAAGCAAAUCCUAGUGUAAUUAAUACAGUCUGAUCAGGAGUAAGCUUUCAGCUGGGAUGGAUUUUUGAAAUAUGGGAAUAGUUCCCAUAUAAAAUGUCACAUUACCAAUUAAUAUUGCAAAGGCAAUGACACACAGAACUCCUGGAGCCUGAGAUGCUUAGAAUUUCUGGAUUAGUAAAUAUUUUAGGAUAAGAAAAGACCCCAGAAACCAGAAGGAGGUGCUUCUGAUAGGAGUCUGACUGCAGCUAUUUUACUAGCAGCUAGAUACGUGUUUUUUUUUUGUUAUUAUUUGAAUUGUUCUCUGCUGUAUUAUCUUAAUGUUUACUAAUUCUUUAAAACGUAGGGUCAGUUUUAUUUUAGUUUCCUGUUAAUCAUUCCUUACCAUUUGCUCACCAUUAGCUGUGUAUGAGUGCCUGCUGCAUGCUUGCUUCAAGUUAGCUCAUGCUCUGUAGUUGACAUUUUGUUCACAGGUGAACAAGCUGUGGUUCUCAAGCUGCUGACUGACUACAACUCUCAGAAUUCUCAUUAAUGCUGGAUUCAAAUUAGAGCUCUUAGAUUACAGAGUUGUAUUCAGGUAGUAGCUAUUCAUUGAAUUACAGGUUGGCCACCAUUAUUUAUUUAUUGCAUUUAUUUUCUCUAAUCAUGUUAUGUAUAUUUUUAUCAUGCCAUUCAUCAUCAAUGAUUUUUGCAGUUCUUUGUGAAAAGCUCAGAGGUGGGUUGCUUCUUUCCUCCAUGUAUACAUUACGAGAGAUUUAUCUAAGUGUCUCCUAAAGUUCCGUGCCCUGUUUUGCACCCCAACAGUCCUUUUGAAUUUUCAGCAGCUCAUGAGAUUUAUAAAUAGCUAUUUUUCACACCACUUCUGAUUAUUUGGGAACAGACCCCAUUGUGUAAAAUGUUCACAUAAAACCGAAUUCACAGAUUACAAAAUUUGCCCUUUAGAAAUGGAAAAUGACAUUUUAUUAUUUAUUUUUUUUACACUAAUUUCAAAUAUGGAGAAGCCCACCACACAGUAGCAGGUUUCCCACACACUUGGGCCACAGGAAACCUUGCUGGCAAAUGCAGAAUCAAUCUAUAAUUUCAGGAAAAUCAAGAAUGACAGAAUUUAAGAAUACAAAAUAUGCCAUUUGUGAGCAAUUUUUGGAACUACACUCUUAAGAUUAAUCUCUCCAUUGUCUUAUUUGCUUCUUUGUCCUUAAUCGGUAUAGUAGUUUACUAUACACAUAGUAGUGUGUUUUGCAUAUUUUGGUAUGUAAUCUAUAUCCUGACUGGGUUUUUAAGCUGUAUAUUCUUUUGAAAUGUUGUAGUUCUGAUGUUUGUUUAUUAUUUUGCCAUGAUAUUCUGCAGUUCUAUACAGUGUCUGCUGGCAUUUGAUCAUUAUAAAACAAAAUUUUACAAUGGCAUUGUAGACAAAGUGCAUUUGGAAGACCGCCACUAAAGGUGUGUUUAGCCCUGUAAUGUUCUCCAAAAUGACAGGGUCACUCUGUCCAGGCCAAAUCAUCUCAAUGACUAGUGGUCUUUUAAUUGCUUCUUUUUUUUUUCAUUUUGAAUUGUAAACAGGAGCCCAGUAAUCUAACACAAUCAAGUAGAUAAAUAUAUUUCUAACCGUAGACUGUUCCUUUAAGUAGAACAGAGUUUAAUAUUACUUUUCUGUUACAGUACAUCUGCAAAUCUAGUUUGUUUUCCUUGUCAUACUAAUACUUUGUGACUGACUAACCUGGUUUUCCAUGUGCUGUAAAUAAACUGCCUGAAAAGGCAAUCCAGUAUAUUGUUACAAAUAAGGAGUUCUCUUGUUUCCUGCAUCUAUGUCUGUUGCUUAUUCUCUCUCUUGCAUUAAGAUACAGUAACCAUUAAAAAAAAAAAAUCUCAACUGUUAAAAACAAAACAAAAAACACACCUUUCUUUGUUUAUGGUUGAACUAGAUUACACAAAUCGGGUGUAACAUCGUGUUAACACAUGGAAACCCUUUUUUGUAUUUGUGUUUUAUGUGGAAGAUGUCGGCUAUGGAAAAAUACUGAAAUAUCUUAUUUAAAUAUAUAUUUAUGAAAUUCCAUGUUUGUAUUGUGAUUUAUAAAUAGUUUGCCUGCAUGUGAGUGGAUUGCUGAAAUUGUAUACAUAUACAAUGUGCGCUAUUACCAUUCACCAACACAAAACAAUGGAUAGUAACAUGACUUCAUACAUACAAUUUGUAGAGGAUGAAGUAUUUUUUUCUGGCACUACCACAAGAUAUCCUAGAUUUAUUCUAAUGGUCCUUGGCACCUGCCAAGAAGAUAUUCCAAACUAAAUUAGCUCAUGUAUUUAAAUUAGACUGGGUUGAAGCCUCCCAAUGUAAAGAAUCGAAGGUUUCACAAUUCUUUAACUUUUGGCAACCUGAUGUACAAUCCCUAGAUUUACACCAGAAAGAUCUUAUUCAUAAAACUUUUGUCCACUUUCCGUUAUUCUUUUUGAAAACUUCUUGGGAGGCCUCCACUUUAACUCUAUUUGAACUGUUACAUUUUUCAUCAUGAACUGUGUUUGAAGCCGACCAUGAUUGUUCUAGUGUGAAUAUUGUUCAUGUGUUAAUUCUCUUUUCCUAACUGUCACUGCCUAAAUAAUUUGUAAGAGUGCUUGCCAGUGUAACUCCAACACCCACCAUACUCUACUAUAUUCAUUUAAAGUAAUAAAAUGUUUGUUUUAAAAAAGAAAAGCGUUAAGUACUUGUUUACACAUAUGAAGAAUAUAUAAGCAAUUUGUAUUCAUCGCUAAAAUGUUUUCUUCACUUCUGUGAUUACAACAGAUAUAAAGGAAGCGAAAACUCCCAGUCCCUCUCUUAACCGUCAGAUAAGCGUUGAGACGGAUCGCGCUUCCAAAGAAUUUAUAGAGUUUCUCAAACCCUUGCAGAAAGCAGGACAUGACGUUUUCAAGCAAUGCAAAAUCUUUUUGGAGGCCAUGCAUAUAAAAAAGGUAAAAAAAAAAAAACUCUGCUUCUUUAGUAAAAAUGUUAGUUUUUUAAUGUUGCAUUUUGUUUUAGAAUGUAGACAAAAGUGCUGGUAAUUUGCCAUAGGUGUUCCCUUUAUCACUGAUACCUGUUUAAACAUCAAGUUAGAUUUCUAUUGAGAUCAACUCCGCUUUUGCUCCUUCCAAAAACUAUAAAACUCUUACAUCUAAGUUAGAAAAUUAUAAAAUCCAUACCCCCAAAUAUUAUUGGAAAUGGACGAUAACCAAUUAUAAAAUUUUCUUUUUUUUCUUUUUUUAUCUUCACAAGUAUGUCAGAAUUUCCCUAUCACUGUGAUAUAUAUCUGUAAAUUAUAGACUUGCUGUUAAUUGGUUUUGACAUAGAAAUUCCCUGUCAUAUUCUGUAUGGCAUAGCAUUAAAACAUAAGGUAUAAAAAGCUUGAGAUCAGUCUGCUGUAUUAAAAGCCUCCAGUGGCACUGCAGUAUCAGAAAAAAAAUGACCAAAUUCUUCAAAUGAAUCACUCUGGGAGGCUUUUUUUCCCCUUAUCACAUGAGAACACUCAAUGGUUAACCCUUUGUUUUGUUUUGCUUUAUUUCAUGCUUGUACAAUUUAGCUGCUUAAAGUUUCUUGCUCACUUGGAAAAAAAAAGUGUUAAUCAAAGACAAAGGAUGGAGCCAAAAAAAUAUUGCAUGAUAGAAAAAUGAAUUGGCAUUCUAUUUUUUAUAUGAGGCUCAUUUUGAGGCAUGUUUGCAAUUUUAGAACGGUCUUUAAGUUCACACUAUAUUUAAAAUAUAUACUUCCUAUUUGUGUGUAUAUCUGUAAAUAUAUAGAUAUUUCCAGCAAAUCGUAUCUGCAGAACAUAACUGAUUAACAGGGAAAGUGUCUUUUUAGUAAAUAUAGGCAACAGCCUUUCCAUUCUCUCCAGCAUGGAAGCAUUGCUUUUAAAAUGUCAUCACCUUAAUCUCUAACUUCAUCAUGACCUUCAAAACUAAACCAAUGAGAUAAAUUUAUUUAUUUUUUCCUCUCUUUAUUUAUGUAGGAAUCAAACAUUGAAGAGCAAUCAGAAUUCACCCAGGACUUUUAUCAAAACACUGCUGACAAGUUGCAAAUGUAUUGGAAAGGUAAUCCUUUACUUACUAUGCAGUGGUAGUUUUGUGGGUAGUUAAAAAUGAAGUAUCAAAUAGAUUCAGAUGUACCAUUCAUUGGAAAGGACAAUAACACAAUUACCUUUCUUUGUGUAAAAAAAAGAUUAAAAGAGAUUACAAUGCUUCAUCAUGGGUAUAGUUUAUAGUAAAGUACACAAAUCAAGAUGUUAAAGUGUAAAAGUUACAGAACAUGCCUAGUUUUACUUCUAAUUAAUAACAAGUAUUUUUGAAAUGCAGACAAGAGGCUGCCAUAGCUUUAACAUAUGUGUCCUUUGUAGUGACAGAUUUUAAGUUUAGCAUUUUUGUUCACUGGAAACACAUUCUGACUGUUCUACCUUUUUUGGGAUGUUGGGUAGUGGCAUUCCAUUUUAAAUGAGUCCAGGUAUGGGGGGGUUUUCUGCGGUCUGCUGCAUCAUUUCAUUCCUCGUAUAUUUUCAAAAUAAAAUACAAAUUCAAUCCUUGAGCAACUCUUGUUUGUAUGUAAACUGUUGGGAUGCUUAUUGCAGCAAGAAACGAUAUACAUUUUAGUGAAAGCAAAGCUUCAGGGAAAGAAAGGAGAUAGUAAAAUACUGGCUCAAGAAAGAUUUGUGUUAAAAGAUAAAUAAGUACCUGUCACUUUAAAUUUUCACAUCAUGCUUCAUUUGGUGUAAAGUGACAGAGGAAGAAAUGGGAAAGGAGUGGUAAAUGGUUGAAUUAUAAUUUCCAGGGCCAAAAUCAUAGUGGCACAUAAUGCCACAAUUACAAAUGCUUUUUACUAUAAUUUAAUAAAACUGCAAUUUCCAAAUCUAUUGCAUUAGGUGUAGCCUCACAUUCAUGAUGCUAAGAAUCUUGUUCACAUUGUUCCUCCUCCGACCUUGCCUUGUGCUCAGUGUGCCCAGUAAUACCAUAUAAUUGAGUUUGGGUUUUUUUUCUGAAACUUUUAGUAUCGCCUGAUAAGGUUGAGAAGGUGAUGGACCAGAUUGAAAAGUUUCUUAUGACACGCCUGUAUAAGCAUGUGUUUUGCCCAGAAACCACUGAUGAUGAAAAGAAAGACCUCACAAUACAAAAGAGAAUCAGGUGAGUGUGUUGGGACAUCAGAUGGGUACAGUGACUCUCAAAAAGAAAGUUAUUUAUUGACCCUUCUAUUAGAAUCUCAAACCAGCAUUCAGUUUAGCCAAUGUGUAAAUCCAAGAGGGAUGGUUUCUUGUAGCAACACAUUGACUGAUUACAUUUGUGGAACUAGUGUGCAAGUAUUUUCAGUCUGUUGUACUGUGCAUGCUCCAAAUAGCCAAGUCCAGCUAUUCCAUCUAUUUUAUUCAUGAAAUCACUCACAGUGAACUGUGACAAACUGCAGUAUAUAACUAGCUGAUCUAUGGAAGUGCAGACAACCUCUAUGCAGUUAAAGAAAUAACCCCCAAUGGACUUCUAUUCUCUCCAUUCAUUAUAAUCCAUGUUUUAUUCUCAGGGCCUUACAUUGGGUGACACCCCAGAUGCUCUGUGUCCCUGUAAAUGAAGCUAUUCCAGAAGUGUCUGACAUGGUGGUAAAGGCAAUAACAGGUGAGCAUGGCACUCAAUCCAAAUGUGUAUUGAGCAGAAUCUGUGAGACACUACCAUGAAACAUGUUCUUAUCUUGUCUAGCUCACAAUUGUUUUAAAUUUUAAAGUGUUAACUUUGCUUAAGCUGUCUCUAUUGUGAGAUAUUGUAUUAUUAUAUCAUAUUUUUUAUGAUUUAAAAUCUUUACCUCCUGAAAGAGAGUGUUUGUUUUUUGUGAGAGGCAAAAGACACAAGCAAUUUUGUAUGUUUUGUUUAGAAUUAAUAAGAUAUAAGCAAAAUGGUGGGGGUGGGAUUUUGUGACAAUAUUUGUCAAAGUUUUACGUAUUGUAAUUAGUACAGAACAAUACCAGAAAAUAAUUUCAUUUAUUUGUCCUAAUUUUGGAAAUAUAUUGUAUAUCUGGAAAAUUCAUCUAUUUUUGACAUUUACAGAUCACAUAUUACAAGACACACAAUGUUUCCUUUCCAGAAUUCUUUUAAAAACAUUAUAUGCAGAGACUGUUUCCAAAAUCAGAAAUGCCAUAGAAAUAAUGUUCUUUGGAAAAGUAGACUCCUUGUGGCAUUUGAAUGGUUGCUUAAAAAUAUUAAAUCUAAUCAAAUUGCCUUACAUUUUUCUUACACACAUAUACAAUCUUUUAGUACUUCAAUAUCAUACAUAUAUAUGACAAUAUCUUAGCCUCUGCUUAAAGGACCACUCUAGGCAAACAGACCACUUCAGCUUAAUGAAGUGGUCUGGGUGCCAGGUCCAGCUAGGGUUAACCCAUUUUUUCAUAAACAUAGCAGUUUCAGAGAAACUGCUAUGUUUAUGAAUGGGUUAAGCCUUCCCCUAUUUCCUCUAGUGGCUGUCUCAUUGACAGCCACUAGAGGCGCUUGCGUGCAAAAUCACAGUGAGAGCAUGCCAGCGUCCAUAGGAAAGCAUUAUGAAUGCUUUCCUAUGUGACCGGCUGAAUGCGCGCGCAGCUCUUGCCGCGCGUGCACAUUCAGCCGACGGGGCGGAACGGAGGAGGAGAGAAGGAGAGCUCUCCGCCCAGCGCUGGAAAAAGGUAUGUUUUAACCCCUUUCCUCCUUCCAGAGCCGGGCGGGAGGGGGACCUUGAGGGUGGGGGCACCCUCAGGACACUAUAGUGCCAGGAAAACGAGUGUUUUCCUGGCACUAUAGUGGUCCUUUAAAGGUCUAUGUGCACAGUUAAUUGAUUAGUGUGGGCUUGCUAAAUCUUUGGCCCUUUCCACAAGUAGUAAUCUUUAUGCUGCAGUAAGUUAAAGUAUUAUAUAUAUUUUUUUCUUUUUAAUGAACUAAAACCAGAUAUUAUUGAGAUGGACUCAAAGCGGAUUCCACGGGACAAGCUCACCUGCAUCACACAGUGCAGCAAACACAUCUUCAAUGCUAUCAAGAUCACGAAGAAUGAACCAGCCUCUGCUGAUGACUUCCUACCCACUCUUAUCUAUAUUGUCCUGAAGGCUAAUCCACCACGCCUGCAGUCAAACAUUCAGUACAUCACUAGAUUUUGUAACCCGAGCAGAUUGAUGACUGGGGAGGAUGGUUACUAUUUCACAAACCUGGUAAGGAGAUUCCUACUGCUGACAUUGAAAAUCAACUAUUUUACGAAGUUGUUUUCAUGCAUAGAUGAAGCCAUUUUUUUUUUUUGUCUGACAUUUCUGAGAAACUUCAUUGUAUAAAUUUUGGCUGCACCAUGCUUCUAGUGUCUUUAAGACCACGCUAGAGGGGCUUCCUCACUGAAGACCUUUGCUUUUCAAAGGUUUUCACAAUCUUUGUCAUAAUGCACAGCGUAACAACACUGUACUCGUCAAUACUUACUUUAACCCAUUCAGUGAACUGUUUAGUGGCAGAGGAAUCGGCAGUAUAUGAUAGAAAUGUUUGAAUGUAUCAAAAAGUUAUGCAAAGCAGUAUAUGGUUUAUUUCACUAAAAAGUAAGUUACGUUAGAUUUAAAUUAUCUGACCAAUAUGCAACAAAUUUUAGUGUUCAACAUGCUUUGUUUUAGCCUAAUGUAGUGACAAAGUAUCAAACUCUGAAUCUCUCUCCCUUUAAAUAGUGCUGCACAAUAGCAUUCAUUGAGAAGUUGGAUGCCCAGUCUCUGAAUCUAAGUGAGGAGGAGUUCAACAGGUACAUGUCUGGUCAAGCUUCACCAAAAAAACAAGACUCUGAGAGUUGGCCUGAGGACACAUGUUCUGGGGUGAAACAGAUGCAUAAAAACUUGGACCUGCUUUCCCAGCUCUCCGAAAGGCAAGAACGCAUUGCGAAUGGUGCCAGGCAGCUUGAGAAGGACCUCAUUGACUGGACAGAUGAAGUGACUCGAGGAGUCCAGGACAUUGUGGAAAAGUACCCAUUGCACAUAAAAAGCUCUAACCAGGCACUGGCAUCCAUAGAUUCAGAGAACGUAGAGGAUGAUAGGCUGCCUCCUCCUCUACAGCCACAAGUCUAUGCAGGAUAACAUACUUUACCCAUAAGAGGAGCACACCCAAACACUCCUCAUUGACUGUGUAUAUGAAGGUCACACCUCUUGGGGCAAUAAUAAGUAAAUUACUGAAAACCCUGAAGAUAUAUAUUUAAAUGCAAUUUUUAUGGUACAGAUUGCCUUCACCCUAUGUGGGAUGCUUGGUAAAACUAUUUAUUAGCAUGAGUCAGACUGUGUAUACUGGAGAAGUUGGUUGAGUUUUACCCUCCAGCCUUCAUUAGUAGAUGCAACAAUCCAGUUAUUAUCUUUUGAAUGCUAAUAAUUGUACAUAAGCAAAUUUUCUGUCCUUAUUUUAUCUUUGGAAAUAUUUUCCCCUUGUUUGUCUUCCUUCAAUUUUUCUAGUUAGGGACAAAUCACCUUCUGCGGUCAAGCAGCUGAUGACUACAGUUCUAAUUGAUCAGCCAUCCUAUUGGCAAAUGCAAUGCAGAUUUUGCCUGUCUCUGCCCUGGGGGCUCCACCUUAUUUUUCUGAACAUAUAAAUGUUCUUGUACGCCGUUAGUAAUGCACUCAGGAAUAGAUCAUUACCACCACACCAAUCUUAUAUCUGUGGCCCUCUGAAGUUUACUCUCUAAAAGUCUUGAUAUGGUGAGUUGUGUUAUCACUCUACGUGUGAUGACUUUAAAAUUGGUUUAGACUCCAUGUAGGAUCUAAUGAAAGUAAUCUACUUAAGACCAUCUAUAGGAAGUAUUAUGGUAUUAAUCAAACUCAAAUUUUAUCGCUCCCUCAUGUUUUUCUGUAUGUGAACUAUUAUUUUUAUUAUAGAUUUGAAAUGUUAAAAUUUUCCUUCCAUUUUUGUUUUAAUUUUGUCUAUGCAUUUUCUGUUUUUAUUUUCAAACAAUUAAAACAGAGGAUAAUUAGACAAUCAAAGGUUGUUUACGUUAGAACUCACUUUAUUAUUGCAAGAAAGUACUGGAAUCAAAGCGUUUGAUCCAGAGAAAGAAAACCUAAUUAACUGUUUUCAUUUUCUUUGUUUUGUGGUUGGUUGUUUUUUGUGGCUUUUUUUUCUUACUUAUACAUGAUAAAUGCACUUAAAAGGUUACUGCACCUUCAUACAAAUGUCUGGAAUAGAGAUUACAGCUCUAAAUUGCCAACUAACCAUUGAAUUAUGUAGUAUGUAAAUAAGCAGCAUUUAGAAAUUACUAAAGUUUGAGAGCUUUCUGAUAAAUCUUUUGUAACAUAUGGUGGAUUAUAAUAUUGUAACACUACUGGUUGAGAAUCUAAGGGUUUUGGUGUUAUCCAAGGAAUGAACACAAGGAAUAACUACUUUCCUUUUGUGAAGAUGCUUGGGAAAAAUUAUUUUAAGAAUUUGUAACAAAUGAUUGACAGAUCCAAGGACACCUAGUGGAAUUGAAUGUUUUUUGUGCCCUGUCCUUAAAGCACUUUUUGUUUUGGAGCAAGAACACAGGCAGUAUUUGAAUACAAUGCUACUGUGGUUGUGAGAACUAAGCUAGGAUUUUACUUGCAAGUGUUUUUAAAAAAAAAAAAAAAUUAGAAGGAAAUCCUUAUAUAGACUGACCACUGACACACUGACCAGAUAAGAUUGCUGUUCCUCAAAGGAUCAGAUCAACGUUCUACGACCUUGCAUGCUUUCUUGUCAGUGCUGUAUGGGCUGUUGUAGCUUGAAUAGAUCUGAUUUGAUGUUAUUCAGUUAUAUUGUAAUAUGUGCUGAACAGGAUCUAAAUCUGUUUAGAUCCCAUGGAUUUCUGCAAUGUGGAUCCUCCUACCCUUAAUGUUUUUUUAUUAACAAUGACUGCGAUUUGCAACUAGCUACAAGCAAUUUCAGCAGCAUGAUUUAACUUUUUUAUUAAGAAAACAGAAUGACUCCGUGACUAUUCUAAUGCUUAACACCAUAAAAUACCUUGCGUAAAAUAUAAUCAGUUGUAAUGGUUGUAAAAGAGCAAAGGCUGGUAAACUCCGUAAAGCAGUGUGCUCUACUUCUCUCCCAAAGCGGUUUCAUACACUCAUCACCUUAACAUCACAAUUUUUAUCCAAUAAUCACUUCUACUGAUAAAAUGGUUUAGGUUAGCACAUAAUGUGAUAUUCAUUUAUUUACUUUUUGUCUAAAAAUGGAUAAUUCAGUUUUGUCAUGGUGUUUCGGGCGGGGGGAAAGAGACAGAUGAUUUACAAAUUUUUUUUAUUUUAAAAGCGCUUUUUUAACAUAUAAUAAAGGAAAAUCCACCAUUAUAUCCGUAGAAGUAUAUUAAUUUGCCCAUCUCUUUUGCGGGCAGAAAAGUGCUUUAAUGACUGCCAAUAUAUUUGACUAAGCUUGAGAAGACAAUUGUUAACAUUUUUGUAGAGCACCACUGGUUUGAACAUUUAGGAGAUUGUAGAAUUGUUCCUCUUACAGUUAAGAGGGAGGAAGAAAUAUUUUUAAUAAAAAAUUUUUUUUUUUAAAUUACGAAAAUCUGACCUUUAGUUACAUGAAAUAAGUAAGUGCUUUGUUGGUUUUAUUUUUUUUUUUUCCUCCCUUUCCGCAAACUGUGGUUAAAAUAUCCAAUGUGAGGUCUCUGGUUUUGAGGGUCUACUCGCAGCUCUCUCCCUACUACCUUUGCUACUGUGUGUGUAUAUAUAUAUAUAUAUAUAUAUAUAUAUAUUGUUACUGACUGGAGUUUCUAAUGGAUAUACCUGAUGUUCGUAGCUAUCUUUAAAGUGUUACGCAGAGUUUCAUAAGCACUAUAGCCAACUGUAGUGGUUAUAAUGGUUGGAGUACCCUGGUGUUACUCCCAAGUAAUGGGGCAAAACAUUCUGUAAUGGAUGCUGAGCCUCCUUUAAUUGUGACAUGGGUACAUCCGCUUCUGCAGAGCUUAGAAGCCGGGAUGCUGAUCCUGCCAGUCAUUCAUUACCGGACUGUCACCUGAGCACUCUCAGCCAACGAAUGAGUGUCUGUUCAAGGAAUAUGCACAAAAUUGCCAUUGCACUGGCUAAUGAUGCUGCCAGAUUUGGUGUUAUAUACCAAAAUACAGUACAUACAGGGUCUUUGCACCGUGAUCACUUCAAAACACUGAAGUCCGUAGUACCUCUUUAACUCUUGACUGGUUCAUUUACAUGCAUUAAGAUGAGUUGAGCUGACAACUAAACUGAAAAAUUAGCUUUAAAUUGUGAAAAAUGUUUGAAUUUCUGAUUAAAAAUGUUCAACUAUUUUGGAUUGUAUAUUGUAAUUCUAUUGUAAACUGAAUACAGUUCAUGGUUUAAUUAACCUAUUAGGCAAUAUCUGGAUGUAUUCUAGACUCAUUUGGGGAACUGCGUUCAUUUUGUGGUGGGAAUAAGAUUGAUCAAAUGAUUCGGAACAAUGAUGCAAAAUACACAGUUGUAUGCCUUUUAUCUUACGAACAUCCCCUCAUGUUUGGUAACUAGAAAUACAUUUUCAUGUUUGACCCACAUUUGAUGAAUGAUGCACCAUAUAUUCCAAUGUUUUGCAGAAGUAAAAUGUGUGUGAGAAAAAGAUGAACACUAUAAUUCUUGAGCUAGCAAUGCUAUUUUAAGUAAAACACACAGGAUUAUUUUAGCAGGUUUGAAGAGAUCACAAAUUAAUUACAUACAACUUUAGGUAUUCACAUUGUUACCUGUACAAAUCUGAAAAUCACUACGAAAUGUUCAUACAGAUAUUCAGUGAUUGCUUUUGAUGUGACCACUGAUGUCUUUUUAAGUAGUCACUCUCACUUUCUGCCCAUAAAAUAGGUGCUACAAUGAAUACCAAGGUCCUGGCUGUGAUUUACAUACAUUUUAAAUGCUGUAUAUCAAAAUGUUGAAUUAAAUAUUCUAAUGUAUAGUGACCCUUUAUGCGGUUGUGUGGUUUGUUUUACCCAUAAAUACAUAUGAAAGGAAUUAGUGUCAGAGAAGAGAACAAAUUAUAGCAAGG